AUGGAGGCGCUGCAAGGUAACUAGGGUAACAGUAACUUUGUAUCAUUUCAUGGAAUGUCUGGGGGAUCUCUGAAUCCGCCCCUUUCUGUGGAGAAUGGUUUCAGAUAUUCGUUUGGCUGGAGAUAUAGUGCACUCCCCAUUUAUAGCAUAAUAUAAUUAUUAUUUUAUUAUUUAUAUAGCGCCAUCAGAUUCUGUAGCGCUGUACAAUAUUUUAAAUAUUUAACAUGUUUUACAGUAUCGAACCUUGCAUCAUAAUUCCUUAUUAUUGAAAAUAGCUGAUCAAUGUUUAUAUAUAAUAUGGUUUACACGGUCAUUUUUGCAUAAGGUUUAUACUUUAAAUUCAGUUGUGAAUUAUCUUCAGUCCUGUUAGGUAGAAAAAAAACUGGAUGCUGUUUACUAAACACGGAGUUGUAGUGGCUUGAGAGAAAUUUGGAGAUUGUUUGUUUGCCUAAAUAUUGCACUUGUAUAAGACAAGUAAAACACAAAACACCUGGUAAGCAGGUAUUACAAGCAGCCAGUUCAAUGCAAGUAUAGGUGCACAGUCAUUGUAUACCUGUAGUGCAUUCUUUGCAGUACAGUCUUCCAGUGUAACGAUAAUAAGCAUCUAGACUAGGAAUAUACUUCACAAACCUAUUGUAAGGUGGGCUUGUGGUUUUUGUAACGAUAAUAAGCAUCUAGACUAGGAAUAUACUUCACAAACCUAUUGUAAGGUGGGCUUGUGGUUUUGGAAGAAUGGCACACUUUCCACGAAAGAUCAGCUGGUCUUUUAUGUUGGGGAGUGUAUGGAACAACUGCAUUCAUUUUGUUUGUUUAACCAGCAAGGAAAAAUGUGUAAUUUUAGACAGAGAGGAAAAAGAAAAUGCUAUUUUGGGAAGCAUUUUAAGAUGUUUCUGCUACUUUUUAAAAACUGUUUAUUGCAAAACUUUAAUAAGAAACUCUUUCGUUGUGUUGGGAUGUAUUUUUUUUUUUUUCUCCUUACAAUUCCCUUGGAAUAUUUCAAGAUUAUUCUAAAUAUUAAAGAGAUAAUUGUUAGGACUUCAAAGUGAAUUUUAAAUUUAAGGCAAAAAUAGUCAAACUGGAAAUAUUCUCCAUCUGCUUUGCUUCCAGUUCUAUUACUUUGACUUGAAGUUCAAAAUUCAUUUUAAUUCAGUAUUGGUAUGCCUGUACUAGAUCUAACUCCAGUAUAUAUGGAAUACCACAAAUUAGUGCACACAAGCUAAGGAAGCUAGUCCGUAAAAGCAGAAUUCACCUCUAAAAUGAAACUACGUACAGUUGAAAGGUUACUCCAGCUUUAUUUUAAACGUCCACAAUAGUGCUAUAAAUCCAUUAGUGGGUAUAUCUCUCUAAGAUCAGGAGUAUCUAAAAUAGGCAACCUUCCGCACUCCAGAUGUUUUGGACUACACCUCCCAUGAUGCUUUGUCAGCAUUAUGGGGGAUGUAGUCCACAACAUUUGGAGUGCCAAAGGGUGCCUAUCCCUGAUCUAAAAGGUAGAUCCCUACAGUUUCCAUGAUGCUUUGCUAUUCUAAAGGCAUGAAAACCGUCAAGAGAGUUGUAGUUCUUUUGGGCACCCUGCUCUAGGUUCACCCUAAUAAUGGGUAGGAAGGUGAGCAGGGCUUUGAGAAAUGGUAAAGAGUGGUUAGGAGGGAACACAUUUUUAAUUCAGGCAAAUAUUAGUACUUCUACUAGCAGAUGCUAGUAGCACAGCUGCAAGUGAUGAAGGUGAUUACCUUGUCAGCAAGCAGUGUAUGCUGAUGACAUAGGUCGUUUAUGCACAGAACUAACAGUUAAGUCAUGUGUGCUUCUAAAAGCAGUCGUGGUCUUGAAGGUUGGAGUAACCCUGUCAACUCAACAGACGGGCAGAACCUGGCAAGCUUUGCUAUAUUGUUUUAUGUUGUGCAGUGCCACGCCCAAUUAAUAUCUCACAGCAAUCUGAUUCUAAGUAAGUCCCUGAAUUGUUUUCAAUUAAGUCAUUUAAGGUUCAGUGCUUGGCAAUUUAGUUUUCCUGUAAGUCAGUGGUGGGGAACCUUGGCCCUCCAGAUGUUUUGGACUACAUCUCCCUUGAUGCUUUGCUAGCAUUAUGACACUAAGAGCAUUAUGGGAGAUGUAGUCCAAAACAUCUGGAUGGCCAAAGGUUCCCCACCCCUGUUGUAAGUGGAGCUGCCCUGUGUCUACUUCUUUAUCUAAAUGGGGUUAUUCCCUUAACUCAGAAUUGCCAUCAAUUGAGACUUGAAAUCAAACAAUUGUUUAUUUGGAAUAAGUCUGUUUAGCUAUUUUAACUUUUUUUUUACAAGUUUUUUUAAACUCCUGGCAAUUCAGCUUGUCAACUGAACAUUUGGCAAAACACUUAAAGGACCACUAUAGGCACCCAGAAUACUUCAACUCAAUGAAGUGGUCUGGGUGCCAGGUCCCUCUAGUUUUAACCCUGCAGCUGUAAACAUAUUUACACUGAGGGUUAAUACAGCCUCUAGUGCCUGUCUCCCUGACAACUACCUGAGGCCGCUUCCGCGAUUCUCACUGUGAAAAUCACAGUUAGAAGAUGCUGAAGCCCAUAAAAAGCAUUGAGUAAUUCUUUCCUAUGGGCGGUAUGAAUACGUAUUGGGCGCUGACAUUGGCAGGAGGAGGAGAGUUCCCCAGCGCUGAAGAAGCCCGGCGCUGGAGAAAGGUAAGUGGUUGAAGGGGUUUUAACCCUUUCAUCCUAGCGGUAGGGGGACCCUGGGGGUGGGGGGACUUAAUGACCCUAUAGUGCCAGAAAAACAAGUUUGUUUUCCUUGCACUAUAGUGCUCCUUUAACUCUUAUGUUGAAUAUGUAUAUUAUAUUUUAUUAUAUUAAGUGGACAUGACUAGAACAACCCUGUUUCUCCAUUUUUAGGGGACGCAUAAAGGAGCAGUCUAAUACAAUCAGAUAAGUACUUUUAUAUGUAGUUCCUUAAUAGUUAGGUUUCUGGCCCCUCAUGGAAAGGGACACUAUAGUCACCAGAACAACUACAGCUUAAUAUGGUUGUUCUGGUGGUUAUAGCGAGUCCCUGCAGUUUUUUUUGUUUUUUUUUUAAUGUAAAUACUGCCUGUUCAGAGAGAAUCUUUUUAUCCUUAUAAUUUUUUUUUUUAUUCUUUCCCUGAGGUCUAGUGGGCUUCACUGAUCUUCAUUUCUUUCCUGCACUGCUCCCAAGAGCGCCCUUUAGUGAUGCUGGGGAUGGAGUGACGUCAUAUCCCAGCUUCCAGCAUCACCACAGUGUGUGCAAAGGAGCAGUGCAGGAACAGCACGAAGAUGAGACCUCUCUCGCUGCUCGCCUCCAUUGCCCCUGGACACGGAACAUUUCAGCAGAGUAUCCAAUUGAUAUUCCUUAUAUUUUAACCACCAUAUUUUUUUCUCCUUUUCAUGUUGACUGUCAUAACUUAAUUCCAGUGAUCCUAAAGAACCUUUUGUUAAUUGUAUUUCUACACUAGGGGACAGAGCAAAUUGAACACCCCCAACAAGAAGAGUGUGCUUUCCUGACACACUCUAAAUUGCUGUUAUGUUCGUUUUACCCCUGUUAAGCUAUUUAUGACACACAAAGCAGGUUUAAACUACAAAUCCUGUGAUUUAUUUAAAAAUGUAUGCAAAUAUACGUGGUCAGUCAUUAAUGGCCUGGUACCGAAUUCAUGUUUUGGUUUGUGUUUUUUAUUUUUGAAGAAAAAUAAUCUAGGAAUACAAACUUGCAUUCUUAACACUAUAGUGUCCCACAGCCUUAUAUGUAAAGAGUUUAAAACCCUUUUUACAAGCGUUAAUUCAAGCGCUGAAGCUCUGUUGUCAUGGACCUGGUCCAACCUAAUAUUAAAAAAAUAUAUAUAGUGAAACCCCAAAUCCUUUUUAGUUUAUCAGGAGCUAGCAUGUUAGUUAUGUCCCCUCUUGAAAGUUUAGGUUGUUGCUUAAGGACACUUAUAUUGUAGUGUGUCAGCCAAAUCGGUAGACAGGAGUAGAGUUGAGAGGACCCCUGGAUGUUCGGGUUCGGCCAAACUUUGAAAAAAAAAAAAGUCUGGGUUCGGGAUCGAACUUGACCCUGAACCCCAUUGAAGUCAAUGGGGACCCGAACUUUUGGGCACAAAAAUGGCUCUAAAAAGUCCUGGAAAGGGCUAGAGGGCUGCAAAAGAAAGUAAAAUGGGAGUAAGAGUAGGACAAGUGCCCUGCAAACAAAUGUGGAUAGGGAAAUCACUUAAAAUAACAUAAAAAUGUAAAAUACAGCUGAGCCAUAAAAUAGCACUAGAUGGAAUCUUUGAUUUUUAGCUUUGGAAGAACAUAAAUGUAAAGCAUGGCUGUCAGGAGGAUCACCAGAAUUAUCCAUUUGGGAGAGGGUUGGAGUGCAGGGUAUUCUCUUUCAUUGUUCAAACUGAGCUGAACUCCUGAUGCAUGGAGAAAAGGCCUUCACAAGCCUCUGCUAUUGUGUAAAUAGUUUAUACUAAGUGACCCAUAAGUUGAGGAGGCGGUGGCGGUGUAGAUGGAGGAGGAGGUAGCCAACACCCUUUUUUUUUUUUUUUUUUUGUCUGGGUCCCGGUCACCGGACUGCGAAACUGCGAAUGGCUCGUUAAAUCUGUUAUGGUUCCUUUUAUCACUCCAUCUGUUACUUGGAUAACUGUGGGAAUUCUAAAGAUACAUGCCGACGAGCGCUAGGGGACGGCCGCUUCACUUUUGCACCCUGCUCCCUCUUAUGCUGUGCUAGUGCCUCUGUGCGACCAGCGCCUCUUCCUCCAAACUGCACACGUCACUCAGACAUUGAUUCCAUGUGGGGUCUAGGACCUCAUCAUCCUCCACAUCAUCUUCCACCCACUCCUCAACCCUUCCCGGUCUGCACGCUGCAGAAAGCCACAGCAGUUGGCAUCUGUGUUUUUUCAGCAUGUAAACUCUGCAAAGGACAUAUGGGAAUUGUUUUAGAAUUGUAUCCAGGCAACAGUUUUCCCUAUAAACUGACCUCUCAGUUUGACUUGUGAGGGUAUUGCCCCCCGAAUUACAAUAUUGUUAUAUUGGUAUUUGACGGUUCUAUUUGACUCUCAGAUAUGAAGUGCACCGCAGGCCGAAAAUGUACUAUUUAGCAGCCAAAAAAUUUGAAUGUUUAAAACUAUGUCACAGCACUAUUUGACACUUCUAUUUGACUCUCAGAUAUGAAGUGCAGGGCCCAAAUUUUACUAUUUAGCAGAUUAGCACCCAGAAAAUAAGAAUGUUUACAAUUGCGCUGUAACCACACUAUUUGACUCUCAAAUAUGAAGAUCACGCCCCAAAUUUACUGUUUAGCACCAAAACAAUUAUAAUUUUUACAACUGCGCUGUAACCGCAGUAUUUGACACUUCUAUUUGACUCUCAGAUACAACCACAGUAUUUGACGCUUCUAUUUAAUUGACUUUUUAAAACUCUGAUGUCACAGCACUAUUUGACGGUUCUAUUUGACUCUCAGAUAUGAAGUGCACCCCACUAAUGUACUAGUUUGCAGAAUUCUUUCCUAAUCUGUCCCUGAAAGCGGCAGCAUCCUCUCCCUACACUUAUAAGAGCUCAUGUGACGUGGCCAAUCACAGCCAUGCCAUUAGUAGGCAUGGCUGUGAUGACUUCUAAGGGCACACGAGUCAAACGCUUUUUGAUUGGCUGCCCUGCAGCCUUUCAAAACGCUCCAUUAAAUCGCUGAACACCGAACUCCAACCUGAACAUACAGUGAUGUCCGGGGUCCAAAAAAAGUCAUGUUCGGUACGAACCCGAACUUUACAGUCCGGGUUCGCUCAACUCUAGACGAGUUUUGGCUGUUAAAUAUUAUAGUACUAAUAUACAAUGAUCCAAUAGUACAUAAUGUCUUUUUCAUUCAGUUAGACCAUUAUACAGGUCUUAAACUAGCCACAGCUGAUGAUCUGAGGACCUAGAGGAAAAAAUAAAAUGGGUCCAUAGUGCUCUCUGUUUGAAUAUGUAUUAUAAUGGAAGACUGUUUAAAAAUACUUUCAAAAUUAUUUUCAGGGAAUACAGUUUUACAGGUGCUGUGAAUGUGUGGUGCAUUAAAGCUUCCCCAUAGGAAAGCAUUGGAUCAGUGCUUUCCUAUGGGUAAUUUAAAGAUCUUAAACAUCCUCAUGCAAAGUGUGACAAUGUCCAACAUUGUUUCACAGAGAAAAACCCAGGAAGCAGAACGCAAAGGUGGACUUGAAACUGCAAUGUUUUAUAUUUCAGGGUUAAAGGAACACUAAAGUCACCUAAAUUACUUUAGCUAAAUAAAGCAGUUUAGUGUAUAGAUCAUUCCCCUGCAAUUUCACUGCUCAAUUCACUGUCAUUUAGGUGUUAACCCCUUAAGGACGGAGCCAAAUGUACCCGUUGUGAACAAAACAAAAUGUAAACAAAACCGCUACAUGUCUGUCCAGCCGUAAUACACCCACCCUUAUUAUAUAUCAUUUUAUUCAGGGGAAACAGGGCUUUCAUUUAGUAUCAAAUAUUUAGCUAUGAAACAUAAUUUAAUAUGAAAAAAAUGGGAGAACAUAAGAUUUUUUUAAAAUUUUUUUUUGUUCUACAUGACAUUUUAACUGUCAAUGUCAUAAUACGGUUUGCUUUUACUGCAAUAAAAUACACAUAUUUGUAUUCAACAAAGUCUCACGUGUAAAACAGUACCCCCUAUGUACAGGUUUUAUGGCGUUUUGGGAAGUUACAGGGUCAAAUAUAGCACGUUACAUUUGAAAUUGAAAUUCGCCAGAUUGGUUACGUUGCCUUUGGGACUUUAUAGUAGCCCAGGAAAGAAAUUUACACCCAUAAUGGCAUAUCAUUUGCAAUAGUAGACAACCCAAGGUAUUGCAAAUGGGGUAUGUCCAGUCUUUUUUAGUAGCCAUUUGGUCACAAACACUGGCCAAAGUUAGUGUUAGUAUUUGUGUGUGAAAAAUGCAAAAAAAUGCCAAUUUGGCCAGUGUUUGUGACUAAGUGGCUACUAAAAAAGACUGGACAUACCCCGUUUGCAAUACCUUGGGUUGUCUAGUAUUGCAAAUGGUAUUCCAUCAUGGGGGUAAUUUUCAUUCUUGGGCUACCAUAGGGUCUUAAAGGCACCGUAACCAAUCUGGCGAAUUUUAAUGUGAAAAAAAUGAAACACAAGCCUUAUAUUUGACGCUGUAACUUUUGAAAACACCAUAAAACCUGUACAUGAGGGGUACUGUUGUACUCAGGAGACUUCGCGGAACAUAAAUAUUUGUGUUUCAAAACAGUAAAAAGUAUCGCAGCAAUAAUAUUGUCCGUGUAAGUGCUGUUUGUGCGUGAAAAAUGCAAAGAAACGUCAUUUUUACUGGCGAUAUCAUCGUUGUAAUACAUUUUACUGUUUUGAAACACUAAUAUUUGUGUUCAGCGAAGUCUCCCGAGUAGAACAGUACCCCCCAUGUACAGGUUUUAUGGUGUCUUGGAAAGUUAUAGGAUUAAAUAAAGUGCUAGCAAAUUAAACUCCCUUUACUCUCGGCAUAGGUUGUCAGGCAGGUCCCGCUAAUUGUAAUUAUUUAAGAUACCUAAUUUAAUUAAUGCCAUGGUAAACUUGCCAGAUGUGUUUUGUAUGCAGUGUGAAUGGGUGUAUUUCUUUGUUACUUUGGUGUUAGAAUGCAAGAGGGUGUUUCUAAACAAAGUUCCUUUUUUUAUAAAGGGGUGUUUUUGCAUGGCGUUUGAUUGGAAGGUUGUGUUUGAUUGUAGUGUUUACAUUUGAAUGCUGGGAUAUAUGCCCAACUACACACUAACAAAGGUGUCUGCAAAUCCUAGGUCGUCAUGACAACUAGGAAUUUUGUCUUGGAGUCUGGGAUUUGUUGGCCUGUUCAACUGAAGAGGCGAGGGAGAAUGCAGUAUGAUGACCAUCUGAGAGCAUAGGAGGUCAGCCAGCUGUGCGUAAUGGAGCCUGGCAGUGAGGAAGGGGGGCGGUAAUCUUCCGACUCUGCUCACAAGCGCGCACUGCAGUGAUGCUUGAUAUGGUAUCACUAAUCAUUGUGCGAAAGGGAGAGCACAGCCUCACGCGACCCCAGAGAAAACUGAUUCCCUCCAGCUCUCCCAAAGGUGGAGAGGCUGGGUGGAUUUAAAUUAAAAUAAUUUAUGAAUUGUUUUUUUUUUUUUUUUUUUCUUGUCUAUCUGUCAGUAAGUGUGCCUGUUUAGGUGACUGGUUCCCCUCUGAUCACAUAGGAAUGGCAUGUGUGUUUUUUUUGUUUGUUUUUUUUACACACCUUUUUUCCUACACCAUGCCAGUCUCACCAUGGCUGUCCUUGUCUCCAUGCAUGAGAUAAUCUUGAUGAUUUCAGUCAAGCCAAAGCUUUCCUAUUGGAAAAUAUUGGGAGGUUAUUGCGCAUGCACUAAUUCGAAUCUCCUCCUAGAGAUGCAUUGAAUAAAUGCAUCUCUAUCGGGAACAUUCAGCACCUCAAUGAGAGCAUGGAGAAGCUGAAUGUAGGUGCUGUACACCAUGCAGCAAUGGACUAGGGAGCCCCUAUAAAAGCCGCCUGAGUGACUGCCACUAGAGGUGUUAUUAAAUAGCAAUGUCAAUCCUGUCUUUUUCUCUGAAAAGGCAGGGUUUACAUUGAAAAGCCUGAAGGGACAGGCUAUAGACCCUUUCUAUAUCUCUCUAUCUCUCUCUAUCCACACGUACACACAUUUACCCAGCUUAAUGUAUUGGUUCUGGGGUCUAUAGAGAAAAGGACAGGAAUAUAUAUGUACACACAUUUACCCACACUGACACACACGUUUACACAAAUAUAUACACAUGCACACACACGUUACUAUUUACAUAUUUUUAGCCGCCCCCUGCUUUCAUACCUUUUGGGCUUCUUUCCUUCCCUUCCUGGGCUAACUGAGGAUGAUGGGAGUCUGAGGCUGUCUAUUGAGCUGUUCCUCCUAUGUGUCCCAGCCUUCGCACGGUCUGUAAGCUGGGAGGAAGUGACUGGAAAUUACUUCCUCCCAGCACUGAUGCCAAAAUUAAAUGGGCCCUGUUGCGCUUUUAAAGGGAUGCAUCACAUGACUGGUCUCCUUAUCAAGUCACCCUGCCUACCCAAUAGGCUUUCAAAGCCUGGGGGCCACAGUGCAGCUGCAUAUGCUGCACAAGCAGUAGUUCCGCCACUGGGUGGCACAUCUAGCACAAUACUGCGGCACCCUGAUGUGCAAUUUUGCAGAGCAGUACUUUAAAGGCAUGGUCUAAAAACCAAAACAAAUUCAGCUUGAUGAAAUGGGUUUUGGUGUAUAAAUCUUGUCCCUGUAGUCCCUUUGCUCAAUUAUCUGCUGUUUCCAUAGCGUACCCGUUAUAGACUGCAGGAGCCUUGUGUAAAUUAUUAAAAUUCAAUUAACAAAGCAGGAAAUGGAAACUUCUAAAGCAAACAUGCUGAGCUGUAUACCUCUAGUUGAAAAUAAAACUUAUUUUUUUCACAGAAGUUGUGUGAUUCCGAGCCAGGGGAUGUGUGAUUAGGUCAGCAAAGUGAAACAAAAGUGGGUUUUUUUGUUUUUUUUUAACAUCUAAGUGGCAGAAAAUUGAGCAGUGAGACUGCAUGUGGAUGUUCUAUACAUAUAAAACCUUUUAUUUAUUUAUUUAUUUAUUUUUUUUUUUUUUUCCUUUCUAGCAUAGUAAUUAUUAUUUUUUUUUAAUUUUUUUUAAAGGGGCAGUCCAAAUAACCAAUGCAUAUUUUGUGAAGUGGCUAUGGUACUAUUAAGUUUAGUCAAACCGUUUUAGAACUUUUGACCAAAACCCUUUCUGUCUGGCCCCAUCCAUAGUCCGACAUAAUCAGCAAAUCAAUGCCAUCAAAAUAUAGUUGGAAUUAAUAUUGACAAUGUAGAAGUGAAUAUUUUUCAGAAAGUGGGGCUAGACUAGUAGUGUCUUGGGAACCUUGGUCUUGAUGAGAUGCUCAUGAACAGUUUGACCAACAACGGUGGGAUGGCACCCAAAACUUUAAUAGCAUCAUAACCACCACAGUAACAUGUUAUAGUUAUGGCACAGAUUAAACUUUACCCAGAACUAGACUGUGCAGUUGAAUUCUUUCUGUCUGAACUCCUACAAGUUUGGAAUCUGCAUGCCCCGCUGCGUAAGGUGAGCCUAAAAGGAGCACAAAUGAAUUGGAUCACAGCUGACCUCAUCCAAAUGUACCAGUUUCGUGAUUCAUUGUGGUCAAAGUUCAAGUGUACUGGCUCUAUGAACGAUCACUGUGCAUAUAGACAAUGGCGAAAUAUAUGCACAAAACAAACAAAAUUGUCCAAAGCCCGAUAUAUCUGUGAAGAUCUUAAAGGACCACUCUAGGCACCCAGACCACUUCAGCUUAAUGAAGUGGUCUGGGUGCCAGGUCCCUCUAGGAUUAACCCCUUUUUUUUUUUUUUUUUUUUUUUAUAAACCUAGCAGUUUUUUGUGAAACUGCUAUGUUUAUAAAUGGGUUAAUCCAGCCUCUAAAGCCUCUGGUGGCUGUCUCAUUGACAGCCGCUAGAGGCGUUUGCGUGCUUCUCACUGUGAAAAUCACAGUGAGAAGACGCCAGCGUCCAUAGGAAAGCAUUGUAAAUGCUUUCCUAUGAGACUGGCUGAAUGCGCGCGCAGCUCCUGCCGCGCAUGCACAUUCAGCCGAAGAGGAGGAUCGGAGGCGGAGAGGAGGAGGAGAUCUCCCCGCCCGGCGCUGAAGAAAAGGUAAGAUUAACCCCUUUCCUCUCCAUCCAGACUGGCGGGAGGGGGACCCUGAGGGUGGGGCCACCCUCAGGGCACUAUAGUGCCAGGAAAAUGAGUAUGUUUUCCUGGCACUAUAGUGGUCCUUUAACAAUAACAUAUCAAACCUUAGAAACUUUUGGAAAGUCAUAAAUAAAUUACAAACUCCCCCAAUCCACUCCCAACCCUCCACUGUCAAAGGGGAUAACCAAACCCUGCAACUUCCCUUAGAUGUAGCAAAUGCCUUUAACAAUUAUUUUGUUGGAUGCUCUACUACCCUGAUUGCUAAGCUAAUAAAUGACAUGCAUCCUGAAACUACAAAUGUGGAUCAUGCCCCACUAAAUUUGCAAAGACCCAAUAUAGACCAUUUCAAUUUUAGACCUGUACCUAUUACUGUCAUUAAGAAACACUUUAAUAAUCUAAAAAUGAAAAACCAGUCUGGACCUGAUCAAAUCCCAGCAAUGCUGUUGAAGCUCAGUGCGCUGGCAAUUGCUAAACCUGUCACAACCCUAAUUAACAAAUUCUUGGUCUCUGGAUUCAUACCCAAACUUUGGAAGAUGCAAGAGUAGUGCCUAUCCAUAAAUGUGGUGACACUACUUUUGGUUUCUAACUAUCGCCCAAUAUCAUUGCUCCCAGUAUUGUCAAAAAUAUUAGAAAAAUGCAUCCAACUAAGACAAAGUAAUCUAUGCAAGCAAGUCCAAUCUAACGCAACUUGAGAAAAGUAGAUCACAAAAAACAAACUCUUCCUAAACACUGACAAAACUGUCACAAUGAUCUUUGGAACAGUACCUAAACUACAAAAUUCCCAUCUAUGCAUCAAAACAAAUUCAAAUAACACACUGAUUGCAGUCCACUCUUUCAAAUACUUGGGUAUGUUGUUACACCCCAAUCUAUCUUUUGGCCUCCACAAAGAAAAACUUGCAUCUAAACUUUAUCCAAAACUAGGUGCCCUGUACAGAAACAAAUCCUGCCUAAGCCCUAUAGUCAAGGAAAAGAUUGUACAGCAAAUGCUGAUGCCAAUCAUUGAUUAUUGGGAUGUAGUAUAUGCACCUGCACCACAAACACUCCUUAAUAAACUUAAUACAUUUGUAUAACUCGUUCUGCCAAUUUGUGCUAGAAUGUAAUUACAGGACCCACCAUUGUGAUAUGCUAAAAUAACUAAACCGGCUGUCGCUGGAAUCCAGACGCACCCUUCAUAUUUCCAGCCUUGUGUUUAAGAGCUUUUCUGGGAAGCUCCCACCCUACCUAAACAGAAUGCUCUCCCCGGCUGUUACCCUCUCCUAUAACCUCCGAUCCAGUGCCAGCACUUUAUUUAGUCUACCUCAGAGCACAACAAUUAUGGAAUGACCUCCCGCACACUUUAAAAAGUUCCCCAAGCCUAAAGUCCUUUAAGAGAUCCCUCUCUACAUACCUCAAAAUAGAAUGCAUCUGUCGUGGUUGAUUUAUAUAUUUCCUAUAUGUUCUAUGUUAAAUUUUGUAUAUAUUGUUUAUUAAUAUUGUUUUUGUAUUUUAUUGUGCCCUAAUGUAUCAAUGCAAUGUUUUGUGGACCCAGGACAUACUUGAAAACGAGAGCAAUCUCAAUGUCUCUUUCCUGGUAAAAUAUUUUAUAAUAGUUAUGGUGUGUAGUCUGCCCCUAGUCUGGGAAAGGGAUGCAUUGCCUUCGUAAUUCUGCUGUGAGAUGUGAGAGUCCAUGAUCUCAGGGAAGAAGGACUAUUUACAUCAGCUCCUUGGCCUGGAGUACCGGGCUUAGUGGGUAUGCUGGGCAGUGACUGCUCUUCAGGGAUAUCAGGAACUUGAGACAUAACUGAAAAUAUAUAAAGCAACUUAAUCAUUAUCCUAUGAUGAAGUGGAUGGUACAGAUGAGUCCCUGCUAAUUGCCAAGCGGCAUGAGAGGCUCUACCUAUGCGUUGGUCCGAGGGGAAAUAUGAGGCCACCGAAACAUUGUGGCGAUAUGUUGGUCUCUCGGUGAUAAACUAAAGCAUAAGAUAGAAUGGGAGUGACAUUGGAGGCCCUCUCUUUGCGACCAUGCAAGGCAUCAAGUUAUGAUUUGGCCCGAGGAGCAUAUACCUCCGAGUAUGAGGAUGUGUGUUGGCCUCGCGGAACCACUAGCCUAUGGAUUAAGACCGGAAAGCAUCUCCUAUUUGGGCAGUCUAAAACCCUGAAAACAAGUACCACUCUAAAACUAGAAAGGUACUGGGUUCUAGUGUCGUACCUGAUAAGUUGAGUCAAGACGAGGUGUAAUGUGGAGUUAUGAAUUAGCCAGUGGCAGUAGAUACGUGCUGCGACCUACAGAUAUGAACAUGAUAUGAGUAUCUGUGCGUAUAGGUUUAGCUGACCAGAUCGUGGGCCCGGAAAUUAAAAGGAACCUACCAGACACUAUGAAGACGAUAGUAAGAUGAAAAGGACGAUGACUGGUUUGUUGUGCUUGAAAAGCAACAGUCUGUGAAUUCAGGUACCUAAGGAAAGUAAAAUGUUACAUGCCUAAUAAGUGUAAACAUAUAGCCUAGCCCAGUGGUAGUCAACCUUUUUCCACUUACCGCCCACUAAUGCAUCUUUCUUGAUGGAAAAAUUUCCUUACCGCCCACCAGUUUUCGCGCAAGCGCGGAAUAUUUUUUAGAAAGGAGGGUGUUUUAAAAAAUACAUAAAUGAACGUACAUUUAUCUUUUUAUUUCUACUUUAUGCAUGUUUAUAAUGUUUUUAACUUUAUAAAGUUUAAUGAGGAAGCAAUAAAGUAAAUUGAGCUUACCUUUACUAGUGAUUAAUGAGAUCCUUGAGGUUGAUGCUGCGAGACUAAAUAUUUGAUAUCUGGUUCGAUUUUCAUAAGGAACAAACGAAGGUCUCCUCUUUCAGUGAUAAUCGGAAGACUUCUUUGUUUGCUCAUAAAAUGAUUUCUCAUCUGUGCGUCAGCUCCCCUCCUCUCCCUCCUCAAUUCCCCUUCCCACCUUUUUCCCCUUUUUUCUAUUUUUUAACCUUCCUUAUAGCAAUGCCCAGUAGGAAGGCUGAGCUAGGUAGCCCACUUACUAUUAUUAGUCAACAACAAUUCUCUCCUUUUCCUUUUCUUUCCUUCUCCUUUUUUACAAGUACUCUACUCCUUCUUUCCUCUAUACUAGAAGUACUCUACUCCUUCUUUCCCCUAUACUAGAAGUACUCUACUCCUUCUUUCUCCUAUUCUACAAGUACUCUGCACCUUCUUUCUUCUAUUCUACAAGUACUCUGCACCUUCUUUCUUCUAUUCUACAAGUACUCUGCUCACAGACAAACACAUACACACACACACUCACAUUGAAACACAUACACACAAAUAUACACAUACUCACACAUGCACUUACAGACACUCACACAUACACACAGACAGACACACACAGACACACACAUACACUUACAGACACACACACACAUACACUUACAGACACACACACACACACACACACACAUACACUUACAGACACACACACACAUACACUUAGAGACAAACACAUAUACACACAAAUUAUUAAUAUUAAAUAUCCACCCAGCCUCCCUACCUGGAGAGCUGGUGUGGAUCUGUCCCUGGGGUCCAGUGGGGCUUCACUUAGGCGGGCGGCUAAUCAGACGCAGCGAGGGAGCUCUAACCUCUCUGCUCUGCUCCCUCGCGGACUGUCUACGGAUGCCGGGAGCCGGAAUAUGACAUCAUAUUCCGGCUCCCGCGGCAUCAGCAAACAUCGCGCGAGGGAGCAGAGCAGAGAGGUUAGAGCUCCCUCGCCGCGACUGAUUAGAACGCUGCCAUGCCGGGGGGUCCAGAAGGUGGCCUGGCAGGAGGGAGCGCUUCCUCCUGCCGGUCACUGAAGACUUGCGCAUGCAGAGCCGCUCGCGCCCGCCCAAAAGGAGAAAUCCUCUUAAAAAGAGGAUUUAGCCUCAGAAAUCCCUACCGCCCACCUGGAAUCCUAAAACGCCCACUAGUGGGCGGUAGGGACCAGGUUGACGACCCAUGGCCUAGCCAUUAGAAUAGAAACUGUUAAUUAAAUUUCCAACCAACUUAAAAGACAAUUAGCAUUUUUUUGAAACAGUCGUCAGAAAUUCAAACGUUGUUAUAUCCGUAUACACGUAAAUAUCCGAAAUUAACCUGUGGGAAAUAAUAUCAGGACAAUAUCAGCUAUAAUAACGAAGUCUUUCAUCACCUGUAAUUUAGCCUAAUUCAUGAACAUAACUUAAAGGGACACUCCAGGCACCCAGACCACUUCUGCCCAUUGGAGUGGUCUGGGUGCCAACUCCCACUACUCUUAACCCUGCAACUGUAAUUAUUGCAGUUUUUUAUAAACUGCAAUAAUUACAUUGCAGGGUUAACUCCACCUCUAGUGACAGUCUACUAGACAGCCACUAGUGGGCACUUCCUGAUUCAUAGCAAAGAUUUUCUUUGCUAUAGCGUCGCUGGACGUCCUCACGUGGUGUGAGGACCUCCAGUGUCGCUCCAUUCUCCAUAGGAAAGCAUUGAAAAUGCUUUCCUAUGGGGAUACCUAAUGCGCGUGUGCAGCAUUGCCGCACCUGCGCAUUAAGUUUCCUCAGCCAGCGGGCGGGAUCAGUCUUGCCCACCGGCUGACGUGAUUACUGGGAGGAGCGACGCCGACCCAAAACCACCCCCGAGGGACAUCGGCCGGGUCUCAGGUAAGUGACAUGUAGGGGUUUUCACCCCUUCAGCUACCUGGGAUGGGAGGGAGAGGGUACCUGCAGUGCCAGGAAAGCGGAUUGUUUUCCUGGCACUGGAGUUUUCCUUUAAUGCCUGCAAUAUCCUUUGUUACCCAUAGGGGCAUAUUCUUAUGAUUAUGCUAAUCGGUUGAACUUAUGCCAGGAUAUUACCGCCGAACAAAUAAAAGCAAUACAUUGUAGAAACUAAUCAUUCGAGAGUUUUUUGUUUUUAUUAACUUGGUCUAUGAAACAACCGAAACCUAUUGCUGGAAUAUAGUGAAACGAAUGGUCGCAUUCGUGUAAUUGCGCUUAUGCUGGUUAUUUUUAACAUGUGUAUGGUAGUUAUUUUUAAAUGAACGGCGUGUAUGUAAUAAGUACGUGUGAUUUAACCGAACGCAAAAUUGUAACGAACAGAACCCCUGCUGUUAGACUUACAGUUUUAGACCUAUUGGCUGUACUGAGAACGGGCUGCUCAGACGCAGGCGGGAGGCUGUGGAGCGAUGGGAUUUUGGAAGCGGUUAGGUAGCGAAGAACCAGGAGACCACGUGGGAACACAGGUACAAGAAAAAUGGUAGACUGAACCGGACGUAAUCCUCUCAGACUCGCCAGACCAUCAAUGGUAAGGUGAGAGAGUUUUGGCAGCCCUUUUAUAGGGAAAUCAAGCCCCUCCCACAACUACAGGCCAAAGUCUUAACACAUAUAUAUUUCACACAAGUAGUUUAAAAAACAAACUGUGAAUGCAUCUCAGUGUUGUAAUUGUGACAGAAUGAGAUACAGAUUGCCAUUAUCCUCCAUGCAAGUCCUAAAGAAAACACUCUGUGUACUGACAUUUAAUAUAAGAUUGCUUUGAAAUUGAUGUCUUUUAAGAAAGUGUGUAGAAUGCUUGUAUGGUUGACAGGAUGUGUAGUUGUGGGCAGAGCUGCACAAAUCGUAGAAUAACCUCUAUACAACGAAGUAGCUUUAGUGCCUAAGCUCUCUUUAAUCUAUUCCCCAAAGGUUAAUACCGUCUAUAAAUGUUAUGUGUCUCUAUUUAAGAGGGACUGUCCCUGUUUUGGGCCCAAAUCCCUCUAUUUUUUUUAAUUUUUUUUUCUGUUUGUGCUGCUUUUCUAUGAUUCCAUAUUAUUAGUUUGUCAGAGGGUAUAAGAAGGCUCCAGAGAAAUUAUACUCACAGCAAUGUGUAUUUAAAUUACAACAAAUGCAUUUAGAGAACAGUCUGUGUAGCGAUACGUUGUUCUUGUUCUAAAUUAUAUUUAGUUGCAUGAAUUGGUAUUGGUAAGUCGCCUAAAAUUUCUUACAGCAGCCAUGCAUCUAGCCCCCCUUCCCCCUCCCCAAAAAAUACAAUCAAACUGUCCCUCUUUAGAUAAGCACCUACUCUGAGUUUAAUAACCUGUCACAUAGAUUAUUGAACAAUUUCAAUUAAUGUAUUGCGUAAUUCACAUUUACCACGCCAUCUCCCUCAAUUUAGUCUUCCCUCUAUUAUUCCACAAGUACUAUCCUGCAUCUUCUGUAAACAGCACCCAUGGCUUCAGACUUCAAGUAUACAAGAGCAGGGCCUUCAAUCCUUCUAUAUCCGUAUGAUCCAAUAAAGUUUAUUUUUCUAGUGCUUCUCUAGAAAGAAAAAUUGUUGAAAUAAGAGGGAACUGCCACUUUGCAGACUUCGUAAUAAUAAUAAUAAUAAUAAUAGAUCUAGACAUGACUAUAAUUGAAACAUUUUCCAUUAAUAAUGUGCAUUGUGUAUCCUUGUUGUGUCUGGACUGACUUGGAUUUUGAUAUACUUUGCUAAAAUCUUUAAUACAAUUUCAAAAGAACAUGGUGAAAGGCUAAACUGAUGACUCGAUCCCUUCUGGUCACGGUUCUCCAACCCUCGAUUGUCACCUGAGCUCAGGGAAGAAUUAUGGAAGCAGAAUAACGAAAGACACAAGAUUGCUUUCCAAAAGUCUUCUGACAAUGUAUUCAAAAUGCUCUGUACUUAUACGAUAUUUGUCACGAACAUUGGUUACAGAAAGUUACACAAGAUACAUAAAAGAGGGAGUAGUUUUUGCUGUUACAUUCAAUAAUCUUUUUUUUUUUUUUUAUUCUUUUUUUGUCAAAUUUAUCACCAUAAUUACAUUAUACAAAAAAGUAUUUCAAAACAUUCAAAUUCAUACACAUAAACACAAAGACAAAAAGGACAAAAAAAACAAAAAACCCACCCCCCCACGAGAGUUCUACAGACUUCCAACUUCUCUAUCUCAUUUCAAAUGAUAUUAAUAUUACAUUUGUAGUAAAAAAAAAUUUCCCAAUUUUCCCAUAGGCUCAAAUUAUCAUUCAGAAGCUUGCAAUGAUCCUUCUCCAUUUUAAGUUGGUAAACCAACGGUAUUGUUAUUAAUUUGAUGUUAAAAGGGGUAUCUCCCUUCCAAUUUCUUGCUAUUAUUAUUUUACAGGCCAUUAAACAAUGAAUAAUUAGGAAUUGAUUUAUUUAAUUUUGGCCAUUGGUAGUGUAAUAGCAUUAUUUCAGGUUUUAGAAAUAUUUUAACAGCGCACAGUGUAUGGAUGAUAAAUUGAGCCCACUGCCAUACAACAAUCACUUGUUUACAUGACCACCACAUGUGGAUAUAAUUUCCUUUUUUCUCUCUACAUUUCCAACACUUUAUAUCCAUAGAUGUAUCAAAUUUAGCUAUUUUCGUUGGCGUCAUAUACCAUUGAUUAGCCAACUUGAAAUGUGUUUCUAUCAAUACAAAGCAGUGGACAUAUUUAUUUAUUUUUUUAUUUAUUUUUUUUUAUUUUUUUUGUAGGGUAGAUAACCAUUCAGUUAAUUCUAUAUUUAUUUUUAAUUCAGUAUUCCAUUUUUUAAUAGCACUGGGAAGGACAGAAUCAUCCAUUGGGUCCAACAUUCUAACACAUCUAGAGAACAGCUGCUUUGUUUUAUUCUGGUAUAAGAUUGAUUUUAAUAUAUCAUACAUCUUACCCUCUUUUACUAACUCAACUUUCUCCAAAUAAUGUUUUUCUCUAAAAUAGGUAUAUACAUCUUUAGCAGAGAUCUUAAACUCCUCUACCAACGUUUUUAUAAGGUUUGAUUUUACCCUCUUUGGUCAGAUCUAUAAGUAUUUAUUCCUUUUUCUUUCCAUAGUUUUAAGGAAAUACUCUCCAUGUUUAGUUCUAUUAUAUCUAAAUUUUGAAAAUCAAAUAUUUUAUUUACCAAAUCAAUUUUUUUCCCUUAUUUUUUGCCAUAUUGGAGUGAUCUGUCCUAAAAUGUAUGAUCUGGAUAGAUUGCAUUUUUUUGUAUUCCAGACUAACUCUAGGGUAUCUCUUAAUUGGCUAGAUUCUAAUUCUGACCACCACUAUACUUCCUCUUUAUUUUGUUUUAUCUGACUAGCCAUGACAUGCGUAAUAAUCCCUGCUUCAUAAUAUUUUCUUAUAUUUGGAUAUCCUAAGCCUCCCUUCUUUAUUCCUCUUGCUAGUACUCCAUUUUUAAUUCUGGGUUUUUUCCCUCGCCAUACAAAAUUAGAAAAGGCCUUGUUGAUCAUUGUCAGCCAUGCAUUCGGGAUUUCUAAUGGGAGCAUUCUAAACAUAUAGAUCCAUUUUGGCAAAACGUAUGAUUUCAGAAUAUUUAUUCUUCCUCCCCAAGAUACUUCUAAUUUUCUCCAUUCUUUCAAAUUCUUAUUAGUUUCUUUUAGGAGAUCCAUAAAGUUUAUUCGCAUAGUGCUUUCUACAUUUCUGCAAAUUUUAAUUCCUAGAUAUAAAAAGUUUUAGCUUUAAUAAAGCCAUAUGUUUCUUGAUAGGAAUCUAUUUCUUGAUUUGACAUAUUGAUAUAUAUAGCAAUUGAUCUUGUUUUAUUUAAUUUGUAAUUUGAUACUGCACUGUAUAUCUCAAUUUCUGACAUUGCAUUUGAUAUUGAUGUUGACGAAUUGCUUAAAAAUAGAAUAGUAUCAUCAGCAUAGAGAGAUAUUUUCAGUUCUUUCUGUUUUGCUAUGAAUCACUUAAUAUUUUCGUUGUUUCUAAUUCUGUUAGCUAGAACCUCUAGUGUUUAAUAUAAACAAUAAAGGGGACAGAGGACAGCCUUGUCUGGUCCCAUUGUUCAAUUUGAACCAGUCUGAGCAUAUGCCAGGGCCAAUUGUUCUCGCCUUUGGAUCUUUAUAUAAAGCUAAAAUUGCAUUAAGCAACCAUCCCUGUAUGCCUAGUUCUUCUAAGCUAAACUUCAUAAAGUCCCAGCUGACCCUGUCAAAGGCUUUUUCAGCGUCUAAAGACAGGAUCAGCAUGGGACUUUCUUUUCGUUGUGAUAUAUGUAGUGCAUCUAUCAAGCGUCUAAUAUUAUUGCUUGACAUUCUGUCUGGAACAAAACCUGUUUGAUCAGGAUGGAUUAGCUGUUUCAUAACUUCUUUUAAUCUGCUAGCUAUAGAAAAUAUCUUAAUAUCUACAUUUAUUAGUGAUAUUGGGCGAUAUCUCUGAACUUUAGUUGGAUCUUUCCCUGGUUUUAAUAUAGGUAGAAUGUUUGCUUUAAGCAUUUCGUCUGGGAAUCUGCCCUUUUUAACUGCAGUACUAAAAGUAUUUUUUAGGUGGCCUAUCAAAUUAAGUUUCAUUGUUUUGUAGAAUUUAUUUCCAAAACCGUCCGGACCUGGCAUUUUAUGAGUUUCUAAUCUAUCUAUUGUUAUAUUGAUCUCUUCUUCCGUGAUCUCUUUAUUUAGCUUAUUUACUUGUGUUUCUGUUAUUUUAUUCAAUUUUGCUGAUUUAAUAUAAUUUUUUAUUAUUUCUGAAGGAGUAGUUACUGAAAGACUAUAUAAGUUGGCAUAAUACUCAUUAAAUGCUUUCCCUAUCUGUUCUGGGAGAAGGGAGAUGGUAUCAUUAGUUAUUAUUUUAUCAACCUUGUAUUGUUGUAUUUCUUUUUUUCAGCAUAUUGGACAUUAUUUUAUCAGCUCUAUUAGAUUUAUGAUAUUUAAUUUUAAGUUUAUGCAUAUUUGUUCUGAUUUUUUCGUAAGUUUUUUCCUGUAUCUCCGAUUUAAUAUUCUCUAUUUUUAACUGAUUGUCCUUGGUUGGGUUUGCAUUGUUUUUCUUAUUUAAAUUAUAUAGUUCAAUGUAAAGAUCUUGUACGUUUGCGCCUUUUUUUUUCUUUCUUUAAUUUAUUGAGCAUUAUACAAUGUCCCCUUAUUACUGCUUUAAAUGAGCACCAUAAAGUAUCAUUCUCCACUUGUCCAUUAUUAUUUUCUUCAAAAUAACAAAUGGUCAUUUUAUCUAUAUAGUCUUUAUAUUCCUUAUUUAAUAAUAAUGAUUCAUCUAACCUCCAGGUUAUAUUCUUACUGCUCUUUAAUCUAUUACUGUUUAGUUCCAGGCACACACUAUCAUGGUCUGACCAUAUUACUGGUUUGAUUUCUAUUUUAAAUGUUAUAUCUAUUAAUUUUAAAUCUCCAAAUAUAAGAUCUAUUCACGAGUACGAAUUAUGGGGCCAGGAGUAAAACGUAAAUUCUUUCACUGCAGGAUUGUUAAGUCUCCAUAUGUCAAAUAGACCUUCUCUUUUCAUCAAGUUAUUAAAAGUCCUUGCGUUUUUUAGAACUUGUUCGUCCCAAAUAGUUUGUUUUUCAGAGAACUUGUCUAAUGGGGGGUCUUGUAUACUAUUAAAGUCCCCUGCAUAUAUCUUUAUUCCUACUCCUACUUUCUCAACCUUAUUUAAUACUUUUCUCAAUAGGCAUAUGGGGUUUUUGUUAGGCAGAUAAACAUUAAUUAGAGUGAAUAAAAUAUACUCACGGUAUAUAGAGCAGACGUACUGCUCGGUGAAUGGCGUAUGGGUGGUAUAAUCCCCACUUUAGGAUUCUUGGUACUCCAAUAUGGACAAAAAGGUAGUAGUGGUCAGGUCUGAAUAAAAUAAACUUGCAAAUAGUAAAAUAAUAAAAUUAUACUAAAAGAAGGUAAUAUAAUACUAAGGUGGAAAGAGGAAUGUGGCAACCAAAUGUAUAAUAGCCAAAUAUUCCUUUAUUAGCACUUAGAUUAUAUAAAAAGUUCCUAUACGCGUUUCGCCACAAUAGGCUUCAUCAAGUAGAAACUUAUAAAAAGAGCCCUUUUUAUAAGUUUCUACUUGAUGAAGCCUAUUGUGGCGAAACGCGUAUAUUGGAGUACCAAGAAUCCUAAGGUGGGGAUUAUACCACCCAUACGCCAUCCACCGAGCAGUACGUCUGCUCUAUAUACUGUGAGUAUAUUUUAUUCUGUUUUUACAUUUUAUCAACUAUACAGUGAGCACUAUAUUUUAUUUUUUUACCUCGAGCUGGACUACUCCACCAAAGUACUCUGCUAAAGAACAAGAGAGGAGCACCGUAUAUCCUUGAGUGGGGAUUAUUCCACUACGUGCCAUUUACACCAGAGCUGGAUUUAAGCUCUGAAUAUUGUGAGUAGUUCUACUAUUCUAUAUACAAUAUUAUUUACCGUUCAUACUAUACCAUUGGAGUUUCCCUUGUCUUCUGUUUUCUUCACAUAUCCAUUUUGAAGCUGCGGAUAUACAUCUGGGACUUCACAUACCAUUUUAUGUAGCACUAGGACUACCUCCUGCAUAUGUGGAUUAUUUAUAUCCGGACUUUCUAGGUAUCGCUGCUUGGACUCUCUGAUACAUAUUUUUAUACAUUCAUUCUACUUGUCUUAGGCGCACCCUUAUUUGUGCUUUUCUCUCCAUUGUAAUUAUAUUGUGCCUCAUUAAAUUUACUGCUUUCCCCUAUUUUGUUAAGUGCCAAAAAAAAAAAAAAAUUUUACAUUUUUUACAGGAUUAUAAUUUUUUAGGUUUCUAAUCCUUGUGAAUAACUAAUGUGCAAUUUGUAUUUCUAAGUGUACCACUUUCUCCUCAAAAAUUUAGUGUAUCAUACAUAAUUUCAUCUCGUUUCCUUGCAUAUUUCUUAUUAGUGAAUUACAUUGCUAACAUAUACGUGAUUUCUUUUAACUUAAAAUUUCUUCUCUAUAUUAAUUUCUCCUUCUUUGAUUACAAUCUAUUCUCUAUGUUUUCAACAUGGUGUUUCAACAUCCUUUGUAUUUUUCUAAAUUUCUUUGGAUCAAUUAAUUUCUCCUUAUGCUUUAAGUCUUCAGUGUCUUUCCUUCAAUAAUCUAAUCUUACAAAAUAUCGCAUAUACAUUGUGGUUAAGCAUCUCCUGAUACAUAGAAACUGUCAUAGCUUGUGACUUCCUUUCAGUUAUGUUUUGCAAGCAGUUCUGAAAAGAUCUUGCUACUACAUUUACAAAUAAUUCAUUUCUACAAUACUAACAGAUUAAAGGACCACUAUAGUGCCAGGAAAACAUACUCGUUUUCCUGGCACUAUAGUGCCCUGAGGGUGCCCCCACCCUCAGGGUCCCCCUCCCGCCCGGCUCUGGAAAGGGGAAAGGGUUAAAAACUUACCUUUUUCCAGCGCUGGGCGGGAGCUCUCUGCCUCCUCUCCUCCUCCUGGGCUGAAUGCGCACGCGCGGCAAGAGCUGCGCGCGCAUUCAGCCGUCGCAUAGGAAAGCAUUUACAAUGCUUUCCUAUGGACGCUUGCGUGCUCUCACUGUGAUUUUCACAGUGAGAAGCACGCAAGCGCCUCUAGUGGCUGUCAAUGAGACAGCCACUAGAGGGAAUAGGGGGAAGGCUUAACCCAUUAAUAAACUGUCCGGAUUACUGUUUGAUCCAGCACAUAGAACUGUACAGCACGGAUGACAAAUAAGUAACGUAUUACCGGUCCUUAGAAUGGCCGGAUUUAACGUACAAAGAAUAGUCAAAAAUACUAGCCGAGAUCAGGGAACACAGAAAGGGACACAGCGAUGAGGAAAGCCAGGAGUCAGGAUACCAGAAUAUAGAGAAGUCAAUAAACAAAGCCAAAGUCAAAAACCAGGUAGAAAACUAUAAACAGGAACGCGCUCUCAGACAACCACAAGGAAACCACGACAGGGCACUGAGCAGGCUUAGAACUGGGCCUAAAUACCCCUCCUUUAGUUCUGAUAGGCUGUAACCGGCCUUUGACCCCAAAGUCAGUUACCAGGUUUCAUUUGCAUAAUUGCUGCUCAGCAUUAACCCUUCUGUGGAUUAGGUUGCUGCUCGGCACAACUUUUCCUGUAUGGACAGUAAAUGUCAUUAACCACAUUUCUCUAAGCGGAUGAAUACAUGACACCAGGUUUCAUUUGCACAAUUACUGCUCAGCAUUAACCCUUCUGUGGAUUAGGUUGCUGCUCGGCACAACUUUUCCUGUGUGGACAGUAAAUGUCAUUAACCACAUUUCUAUAAGCGGAUGAAUAUGUGACAUAAACAUAGCAGUUUCUCUGAAACUGCUAUGUUUAUUAAAAAAUGGGUUAACCCUAGCUGGACCUGGCACCCAGACCACUUCAUUAAGCUGAAGUGGUCUGGGUGCCUAGAGUGGUCCUUUAACUGUUUCAAUUCCUUCACAUGGUGCAUCACAUAAUGAAAACAUUAACGUAUGUUUUAUGAUGGUGAUUUUCAAUAUUAUUUGUGUUUUCUGUUGGUUCAGUAAGCAAAGGAUUAAUGUAAGAUGAAUGAAUGCAUGGACCAUUUUAAAGGAAUUUAAAAAUGACAUAAUGAGACAAAAAAAAGAUACUAAUAGGACAUAAACCAUUUCCUUUCUGCUGCUGUUUUAUUUUUAUUAACCCCGCUGAGGGGGCACUCCCUGAAGUGGAAAAGGGGCAGGGAGUAUGAGGCCUACACCUCUGUCGGAUGCACUAUUUAGCUCUCCCUCAUGAUCCCAGUGCUCACGAAUGACUCAGAGUGCAGCCAUCAGGAUCCCCAGCCUGUGGUCAGAUUUAUGGAGUGCUCAGACUGGAAGGAGCGACUAAAUUGAUCUGUACCUGCCAGAGAUGAAGACUAUUCACUCCCACGCAGAAUCACCAGCGAUCCAGGAGUCCCCGUUGAGGAAAAUAUCCCAAUCUUUUUAAUGUCAAAGAGCCACCUCAAAUUCUCUUGGUCUGUCAUUGCUACAGGGUACUCUUAACCGAAGCAAGAUAUCCUGAGGGUCUGCAAAUAGCAAAUGUCUUGUUAUUGUUUUGUACUCAAACAUAUAAGGGAGUAGGUUUAAGAUAUUAACCGUAUGGUGACAAAAUAUCUUCUUUUCUAGUUUCUGUGUGUGUAUUAAUUACUGACACUAUUUUUAGAACUUUUGUUAUUCAUUUUUUUUUUUUUGUACUAUAAUGUUAGUGCUCCGAAAAUAUUAUAAAUUGUUUUUGAGGGACAUAUGGUAAUUUUCUUUUUAUAUCCUUUGUGUGUAUGUAUAUAAAUAAGUUAACGGGAAAACUCCAAAGUUAGAAAUAAAUGUUUUUUGUUUUUUUUCUUCUCCUGCAUCACCAAGGCAAAUAAAAAUACUGAUCAAACCAGUCAGGUGAUACUUUUAGGCAAUUAGCGUAGUAUGCUUGGCUCACUGGAGCUAACCUCUCAUCAGGAGAAUCUGGAAGAAAGUGCUGGAGCCUCAGGUGCCCAGCAGGAUCCAGGGAAAUUGUCACACCAUUCUAAACCGGGUUGACAAAUUACACAGGGAAGGCGCAAGGGAACCUUAACCACUACAAUGGAAAAGUGAUUAUGUAAACGGUAAAUAUCUAUAUAAACGUAAUCUUUUAUUUGAAGGUUAAAAGACAUUUGAACUACUUAAAAAUAUUUUCUCAUGAAGAUUAAAUCUAAGGCUAUUUCAUAUUUCUAGACAUGCUGUAAGAUUUUUUUUUAAUUUUUUUUUUAUUUUGUCAGCUAGAAUAGUUUUAUUCUACUUUAUAAUUUGUGACUGUGAUUUGUAAAAGAUGAUCCUUUGUACCUAAUAAUGGAAGAAAAAUUAGUCUAUCCCUGUGUUGGUGGAAGGCCAUUACAGCUUAGAUUGCAUCAUUUUCCAUCUGCCUUACUCUGGCUUUCUAACAAGUCUCUCCAGGAGAGCGUUCAGCCUGCAAACCAGCCGCUUCCCCUAAUCCACUACUAAAAACCAUUUUCCCUGCUGCAUUGCUUGGCACAGAAACCUGGAUUUGCUUCAGUCUAUGCCUUGUUGAUUUAUUUUGUUCCUCAUACAGAUCAGCAAUUGAUUUGAAAGCUUUGUAUCCAUAUAUAGUUUAUAUAACAGAAAUUCUUUAUAGGAGUGUGGAUCAAGCAACUGCUUUUUAUGCUUUUUUUUUUUUUUUUAUCCCCCUCCAAUUUAAUAAUAAUAUUCCUUGCACCCUGGCAGUAACAUAAAAAGAAAAUCCUCAGUUGUGUUUAAUUGAUGCAGUCAUUUUUAUUUUAUUUUGAUACACCUUUACUGUUAAGUGUAUUAUAGUAGACCAGGGGUCCUCAAACUCUGGCCCCCCAGAUGUUGCUGAACUACAACUCCCAUGAUUCUCUGGCUAUGUAAUUCAUAGAAUCAUGGGAGUUGUAGUUCAGCAACAUCUGAGGGGCCGGAGUUUGAGGUCCCCUGUACUAGACUAAAAGUAUACAAAGUUACAAGUGUGUGUGUGUGUGUGUGUUUGUGUUUCUGUGUUGAAAAGAUCUUUUAUGUCUCUAGAACAGGCUUGUGUUUACAUUAUAACAUUUUGUGAUUCAUUUGUAUGCAGAUCUUACUAUGUGCUGGUGUCACUACUGAAAUGGACAUUUUGAUUGUGCGCUGAUGUUGCUGUGCUUUUAAAGUCAAAGAGUCUGUUUCUCAAAACAACUGUGAUUUAAAUGGUGCAGUUUUGUUAAUUAUUCAGUAGAAGAUUUGGCUGCCCCUUAUUGGGCCACAUUUGCACCAUGAGAAGAUAACCAUAAGCUUGUUACAUUUUAAUAUAAGCCACAACAAGUUUGAAAACGUGUCCUAGAUACUUGAUUUUUUUUUUGUCACAGGUUACUUGUUCCCUUUUUCCGGUGCUUUGCUCUGCCCUGAAGGCAUGUGUGUGUGAUAGGAUGUGUGUGUGAUAGGAUGUGUGUGUGUGAUAGGAUGUGUGUAUUGGCUACAUAUGUGUACUUGCAGCAGUGUAGGAGGGCUUUGUAUGAGAUAGUAAUUAUGUUAAGAGCUGCAUGUGUGUGAUAGAGGUGUGGAGACUUGUGUAGAUUUGGAGUUGUGGUGUAUGUCUGUGUGUAACUUUUAUUAUUGUAAAAUAUGCUAGUCACUUUGUGUUGCCCACCUUUUGGAUGUGUGAUUGUGUGUGUGUGUGUGUGUGUGUGUGUGUGUGUGUGUAUACACACAUACAUAUACACAUACAUAUACACAUCCAAAAGGUGAGCAAUAAAAAGUGACAUAGGCAUAUUUUACAAUAACACAAUGUCCACAUUAAUAUAUAACCACAGACACCUUUUAUUUAAAUAAUCACAUGAACACAAAUGUGUAAGUCCAAAACACAUACAGAUACAUACAAAUACUUAUGAAAACUCUGGAUACACUUAAACACAGAUACUGUUUUGGUAAAAUACCAGCCAGAUGGUAAUCAUAUUAACAGAGCAGGAGGUAAGAAAUUCUAAAUAAAACAGUUUGCAGUAAGAGAAGUAAAAAUUGUAGACUUUUCAGGAAUCUGGGUGCCUGAUAAGACACCAAAUAAAUCCGCAACUAAAGAUGGAAAAUUAUAUCCUGACAAAUAUCAAUAAAAAAUUAAGACCUAAUCGCUUCUGGGAAGAUUCAAUAAAUUUAAUAAAGUCUGUAUAAUCAAACAAGAGAAUAUUGCCUUUUACCCACCUCUUCCCCUCAUCUCCGAAUUUCCAGGAUCAAGAGAGGUUUUUUUUUUUUUUUUUUUUAUGUCUACUGUGAUAUUUUAUUGUGUAUGUAUGGAUAUUCACAAGAUUUAGACUUUAAAUGUCAUACAUGUUGGCAACUCUUUUUCAAUACAUCUAACCUUAUGAAUACCACAGUAUUUUUAACCAUUUGUAUCAAGAAGAAGAGGAGAAAAGGAAGAAGAGAGAAGCGAGAAGAAAGUUGAAGAGACUAGUUUAUAUAUAAUCUUUAUAUAUAAUACGUUGAUCUAAGAGAAUUGUAUUCGAUAGUAUUAGGAAAAGUGCCUUAUCUCGCUUUUCAGCAUGUGUCUAAAUUAUUGCUUUUGUAUUUCUGUAUCUGUUUUUAAAAUUUGAGAUAAAAAUUUGAAAGAUUUAACAAUUUAAAAAAAAAAAAAAAAAAAACUAUUAGUAAGUCAUCUAAAAUUUCUCAGAAUAUGAGGCAUGGUUUGGACUCCGACCGGUAUGGCUGUUGAGGUCCUGAGCUUCGAACCACUAAGCUCCUAAAAGUGCUCCUAACGUCACAUUACCACAUCUUAUGGGGCAAACUAGGUGCCCAGAGAGCCCGAGGGAUGCAGCCCCAACCUCUUAUAUUGAACCUAUAGAAGACUUCCUCCAAACCUGCUGGAGCCUUCAUCCGAUGCGCAUGACUCCAAAAUGGUGCCCAGGUCACCUUCCUUCAUUGGUCACGUCUGCUAAAUGUGAGCAGGACUCCGUUGGGCUACUAGAUGUCCUCCUUUGUUGUACUACCACUCCUAGAAAACUCUGGGACUCCGGUUGUGACGUUGGGGUGGGGAUUGGCAUGCUGGGCUGAUUUUUCACUUGAUUUUGUUGCCUUUAUGUGGGCCUGUCCUGCAUUAUCACCCAUUGCUGUCACUGAAGUUCAGAUGCACUGAUAGAGGGAAAGCCGUCUUUGCCCCACUGUUGCCUGAGGGUGUAGGAUGUCCACGUGUGGGGGAUACACUGGGCUGCUUUGGGUGGGGGUCUUGGAACACCUGAUACUGAAGCUUUUGCAUAGGCCUUUAUUGAUAUUGGUUCACUCUCAGCUCUACGGUGGGAUGUGUAUUUGUAUAUUCCUGUUUCUAUAUUGUAUUCACUGGUGCCAUGUUUGGUUAGGAGGGUGACUAGGUUGGGAAUUAUACAUUUGCCUUGUGUAUACUGCUGGGGGAGUAUAGCCUUCUUCAACGAAGUACCUUUAUACUCUGAGGACUAAACACUACCCUAAUACCUCUUACAGUAAUCAUUCGAUGGCUCGAAAGGCUGGUGUAGCUAUAUUUCUGGAUGCGAAAUAAUAGUUAAAAGGGCUAGACACCAUGAACGAUCAAUCCUUCAUAAGUUGUCUGCCUUCACUGAAGGCUUGUUGAUUCUGGGCAUCGAUUUUUAAGGUCCCCUUGAAUCCUGCAAUGUAUUUCUCAUCUGGUCAUGGUAGUGUUACCAGAGUCAUCAGUAGUAUUCUGAAAUGAGAGUGAAUGGUGCCCUCACAGGAGCCUUUGAGCUACAUAAGGGUGCCCUUUAUCCACGAUGCUGUUUGCGUUGUCGUUGGAACCCCUAUUUGAGGAUGGGAGGGGUGACCCCAAUAUUAAGGGGUUCACCUGGAACACUACCUAUCACAAGGUUGCUUCUUAUGCAGAUGAUCUCUUGGGUUUUUUUGGGUGGGGGUGGGGUGGUGGGAUUUGUGUUUUUGUUUUUUGUUUUUCUCAGCUGACCAGUACAACUUUGCCUCGUCUAGUGGAAAUGUUUGACACGUAUGGAACCCUUUUCGGCUUUAAACUGAACAUGACUAAAUGCGAUGUGCUUAAUGUCUCAAUACCUACUGCGGAAAACUAACUUCUGCCUAUUCCAGGUUUGAUGGUGAAGUAUCUGGGGAUCAUGAUCAUGAGGGACCCAUCUGUCCAGCAACAUAUAAACUUUGCACCCCUCCUCCAUUGCUUACAGCAGACCUGAAAAAUGGCUGGGACAAAUUGCUGUGGUGUGGAUGAAUCCUAAUAUUUGUUUCACACUUUUCCCUUUUGAUCGCUUUCUUUGUGUCCUUAGUAUCGUCUAGUCCACAAUAUGUCUGGACGGGUGAAAGAUCAAAACUCGGGCACAAAAUACUAUGUUUGCAAAAAAUCAGGGGAGGUCUGGCACUCCCUGAUCUUCAUAAAUGUUACCAUGCAAAACUUUUGCCGAGAAUCCUGGAAUGGCAUAUUCACCUGGCACAAAAAACAAUGGAUUGCAUUGGAAAAAGGUAACCUGGAACCCUACCACAUUACGUCUGUGUGGAAUUCGAAGAGAUGGAUAACGGACAAGCGCAAUUUUACAUCUCCAGCAGUGCAAACUUUGACACUGGGCACCAUAUGGGGGGGGGAGGGGCUACCCAUUUAGCACCUAAUUCAAGCCUAUUGAUUCAGAUACCUAAUAACAUUCAACUAGGGGGUGACUUUCCACCUAGGACCAGGUACUUUCUCGGUAGUAGUGAGUUCCUUCCAAUUAGUAGGAUAUUGUGGAAAGCUGGAUUGGUGUUGCUUACAGAAUUGACCAGCAAGAUAGUGCAAUCUAGUUUGCAAACGUUCAGGUACACACAAUUGCAAAAUUUCACACUCUCCCGAAUAAAGCAGCGCUACACAGUGAACACACGUGGUUUGAAGAUCUUUGUAAAGACAACACUAAUCUGAAUAAGGCCAUGUCCACACUCUAUCAACACUUUUUUUCUUGUGGGGCAAUUGGAGGGUCACAACACCUUUUGUAGGCAAUUACUAAUCAGAUCUUUACAGAUGCUCAAUGGGAGAAGGUCCUUAUACUCAACCACAAGAGCUUAGCCAGUUCCAAAUACCAGGGAUCCUGCUAUAAACCGUCUAAGAUAUUCCCAACAGUAUCUAAUCUUUAUUGGAGUUGUGGUACGGCUGUGGGUAUGGUAAAAUAUAUAUGGUGGGACUGCCGGAAGAUAGUACCUUUCUGGGAAGCGAUCAAGUUUAAAGAGCAAUCAAGUUUAAAAUUGUGGACAUUUUGGAUGACAUAGAUCCUUUGCCAUUGGAAACCAUAUUGCUACAUGUUGGCCUCCAUAGCAGAUAAUAAGAAAUACAUUCUUCGGAAUCUCUUAAAUGCUACCUUUUUCCUAGUGCCUGCCCUAUGGGAACAGGAUGUGGCACCAAUGAUCGAUCAGUUGAUCGCUUCUUACUUGUUUCACACAAUACCCUUUUGAUCGCUUUCUUUACCCUAUUGAUGGACAGGGUAGAGUAAAUUCAGAUUGCAGAAUCUUUGCAUGCAUCUUUGAUGAGGGAAGGAAAUGAGUGACUUUGAGCAAUGGCAGCCAUGGAUGGUGUAGAUGUCCGGGAGGGUCGUGGGUCUGGCUGGGGUAGGUGGGGAGUAGGCUAGCUAUGACAGUAGGUGCAUUCACUAUCUCUAUUCUACCGCGCACUGCUCAUUCUUAUUUAUCCUGAUACUUUUCAUUUACUCUACCAUGCUACAUGAUGCCUUGCUGCGCUGCAUGCUAAUGGUGGCAGCAUGUGACUGACUGGAACGUGCUCUAUUACGACUGUAGACAAGCUUUUUUUUUAUUUUUAUUAAUUUUUUUGCUUUACCUAGAUUUCAUUUACCCUCUCCUUUGGUCCAACACUCAUGAAAGAGUGGGAUCUUGACCCCACUCACCAAGUCAUACGUGCAACCCUGAUAUUUCGCUCUUUGUAACGCAUAGGCGGUGUACUCCAAAUUUUUUUACUUAAUAUUUCCUCAUGAUUCCCAUUGUUGAAAUUGUCUACGCCUACAUUAUUUCUUAUAUCUCAUGUAAAAUGUCUCUGAAAAGACAGUGUUUACUGCAAAAAGCCUGAAUGUAAUGAUUAUACUCGCCAGAACAAAUACAAAAAGCUGUAGUUGUUCUAAUGACUAUAGUGUCCCUUUAAAAUAAAUACAUUUUAAAAAAUUCUGUGACUUGAUGUUGCCAUGGCUUUUUAGUCUACACUUAUUAAGUAUGAUGUGACCGCAUUCACUUUUUAGUACUUCUACUGUUUGCAUCCUAUAUUUCAGUCAAACAACACCAUAGAUCAGGGUAUGGUUCAUUUCCGUUGUUUAAACCACCUAGUUAUCUAGAAAGAAGAUGUUGCCAGUUUUUCCUCCAAUGACUAUUUGUUGUACAGUAUAUAUGCACGCAGCAGAGAGAGAGAGAGAUAUUGUUUUAGCUUUGGAGAACUUUGUAAACAGAAAAUGUAAUAUUUGUAUUUGUUAAACAUUCACUUUUAAAUGGAACUCUAAGGAUUGUAAUCAUUACAGUUCAUUUGGCACUCGUGCACUCACCCAGAGGCAUACAUUCACAGAUACUUACAGGAUCACUAUAGUGUCAGGAAAAACAAAGCGGUUUUCCUGACACUAUAGUGCCUUAAGGGUGCCCCCACCCUCAGGGCUCCCCUCCCGUGGUGCUGAAGGGGUUAAAACCCUUUCAGCAACUUACCUUUAUCCAGCGCCGUGCUGGUAACCCCCUGCCGAUGUCAGCACCUGAGUGGAGCGAAAUGCGCAUGCGCAGCAAGAGACGCGCGUGCAUACAAACAGUCCAUAGGAAAGCAUUUCUCAAUGCUUUCCUAUUGACGUUCUGCACGUCGGAUGCGAAUUUCGCAUCCAGCGUCACAGAUGCGGCUGUCAGGAAGACCGCUUCUAGAGGUUGGAUUAUCCCUGCUAUGUAAACAUCUCUGAAACUAUGUUUACAUGUGAAGGAUUAAAACCUGAAGAACCUGGCACCCAGACCACUUCAUUGAGCUGAAGUGGUCUGGGUGACUAUAGUGUCCCUUUACCUUUUUAUAUGCUUAUAUUCUCAAACACAGAUUCACAAUUACAAAAAUAAAUAACACACACACAGAUACAUGUGAACACACACAUUUACACAAUACAGAUACAUGCUGCCACACAGACAAAUAUUGCCAUACACUUUGUCAUACCCAUAUAAGAAAAUGCAUGCACACACAAUGUUUGCUGCCUUGUCGGUAAUCCGGAUCUGAUACAGGGAUACUUUAAGCACCAGAGCAACUUCUAGCUUAAUUAAGCAGUUUUGAUGCAUAGCAGGGCUUGACAAAUCCCAGACACACACAAAAAACAACAAGCUGACUCUUAGGUUCAAAGCAAAUUUUGUCAAGCCCUGGUGUAUGCAUCAUGCCAUGAAAUCACACUAUUCAUUUAGGCGUUAAAUCAAUUUUGUUUCUGUUUAUGCAGCCCAAGCCAAAUCUCCCCUGGCUGUGUCUGACACCGCAUUAUGAUUUAAAAAAAAAAAAAAAAAAACUUUGAUUUUCAUUCAGAUCUUACAGCACCCGCCGCAUGCUUACUUUGGAUGUUUUUUUUCUCCUACUCUGUAAAUUUAUCUUUAAAUAUUCACAUGAGGCUAUUGCAGAGCAAUAGAUUAGAAAUUCUAAAUAAAACUUGUGGUGCAAUAGGGGUAACUAUAAAAAUAUAUAAAAAAAAAAAAAUGAAAUUCUGAUGCUGACUGUUGAAAUUUCAUUGAAAUUCCAAUGCAAUCCAAAGAUACUAUAAGAGAUGUAUUUUAUGGAAACUUCCUCUAACAACCACAUGUGCGAGAGUACAGCACUGAUGUGGGUCCAUGCAAAUGAAGUUCCAAGAACUGAAGACCAAGAGGAAGAAGAUGGUGGUAGCCAAGAGUGAGAAUUUCAGGUAAGUACCUACUUUCCACUCUGCCUCUUGGCCACCUGACUCCAAUGAGAGAUGUUCCCUUAGCAAACUAUGUAAAGACCCCUGGAAGUGACAGGUCCACUUUGAGCGAAAGUGCUUAGAGUGUAUUUUUAAAGUGUCUUUUUAAGCAUGUUGUAGUUUUGCGCAAAUUUAUGUGUUCGGUUCGCAAAGCAAUAUCACUCAUAUUUUUCCACUUGUCUGGGAGAAAUGUACUCUAGUGUGAUAAAUACACAUAUAUUUAUUACCUGUAUUCAGGGCCCCACAGCAGAAAGUUAAAGAAUAAAGUUAACCUCGCCAUGGCCGCUGCUUUUCACAAGGAAGUGUCCCUUGUAGCUGUCUGACUUGGCUAAACUAAAUAAUGGUUAUGUUGCUACUAUAAUGGUUAUGUUGCUUGGAGUGUUUUUAAGGGACACUGUAGGCACCCAGGCCACUUCAUCCCAUCGAAGUGGUCUGGGUGCCAACUCCCAUCACCCUUAACCCUGCAGUGGUAAUUAUUGUAAUUGUUAUAAACUGCAAUAAUUACCUUACAGGGUUAAGUGGCUAUGCAUGAAGACCUCCAGCAUCGUCUGAAUCCCCAUAGGAAAGCAUUGAAUAAUGCUUUCCUAUGGGGAGAUCCUAAAGCUAGCUCAGCCAUUGCCGCACAUGCGCAUUAGGUCUCUCCUUCCGGCAGACGUCUGUGGUGGAGGAGCGUGGGUGGAGCUGAGCCAGCGCCGAGGGACAUUGGCAUUGGACCCAGGUAAGUGACUGAAGGGGUUAUUAACCCCUUCAGCGCCGCAGGAGUGGGGCCUUGACCGAGGGAAGCUAUAGUGCCAGGAAAACUAGUUUGUUUUUUUGUUUUUCUGGCACUAUAGUUUACUUUAAAAAUUGGCAUACCUUCCAAAUUUGGGAGGUAUGAAAACAAGAUAGAGAUAAUUUUUUUUUUUUUAAAUAAGGAAAACCAAGUCCCAGAAGGAAAAAUAUGGGUCAGUGGAAGUCGGGAUAGAAACUGGUUUAAACCUCUCCAUGAAGACAGCAGCAGUUUCCUCAAAGGUUAAAGGGACGCUAUAGUCACCAGAACAACUACAGCUUAUUGAAUGUGUUCUGGUGAGUAGAAUCAUUACCUUGAGGUCUUUUUCUGUAAACACUGACUUUUUAGAGAAAAUGCAGUGUUUACAUUACAGCCUAGUGAUAACUUCACUGGCCACUGCUCAGAUGGCUGCUAGAGAUCCUUCCUGGGUCAUGGCUGCCUAAAAUGCAUCCAAACAUUCAGUGUCUCCUCCCUCUGCAUGCAGACACUAAACUUUCCUCAUAGAGAUUCAUUGAUUCAAUUCAUCUCUAUAAGGAGAUGAUGAUUGGCCAGGGCUGUGUUUGAAUCAUGCUGGCUCUGCUCCUGAUCUGCGUCUUUGUCAGUCUCAACCGAUCCUAUGGGGAAGCACUGUGAUUGGAUCAGGCCACCACUUCUGAUGAUGUCAGCAGACAGCUUUUUUUUUUUUUUUUUUUUAGGCAAACAGUCUAGGCCUCACACUUGUUUCCAGUCCUCUUCUUUGUUGUAAUCGUUGCUGGGAGUUUGAUCAACUCUGGGCUGGAAGCAUGGUUGGAACCCUUUUCACAGUGAAUUUUCUAUAGCAUUUCUUAGUGUUUGGAUGCCAAGCAUCCAGUACCCAGAUUACCAGAGCAUACAAAACAUAUUCUCUGACAGUACUGUUCCAAGUAUCAGGUGUUCAUUAAUGCUGAAUAUCCCUGGAGACCGCUUGCAGGGUAAUGAAAUAUUUCAUCAAAGCAAUUGAGUUAACACCUUGCGUUCCCAUACAUUUUCACUAAGUGUGCAGGCUUUAUUUAAUUUUCAGGGGAAAAACAUACUUUUACAUUUUAUGUAAAAGAUAUUUUAUUAUCACUACAAAGUAAUAACUAUUCUAAAACAUUAUAUCAUGUUGGUCUCUUUUUUGGGGGGGCACAUUUCAGUAGUUCUUCACAAAGUUGAGGUCCUCUGUAAACACAUAAUAACCUGCUCCUUGAGACACUGAAAGUAACAUAUUGCGGUAACCUACUCGGGUCAGGUAUGAAACAAGGACACUACAAAAGACUCCAGACACAGGUCGUUGAAGAACAAAGGUUCUUUAUUAGUUUGCAGCUGCAAAGUCCCAGGACCUUUAUUAUAAAUAACACGCUGUACUGGGCACUGGUCAGUUUCCAAACAAAGAAUGUAUACUGUAAAUGACGUAUUCUAUACAUAUACACAGAAUACAUAAAUCACACCUAUAUUACUAUGGUUACAUCCAAUUACUAAACUAAAACUUAUCUCUUACACAUGUUAUCUAAUAGUGGGCGCUCCUGACAUUCCACACAUGCGCCCUGGUCCAAGAUAGUUGCACAGUAGUUUUAACCAUGUGAGUACUUAACUUUUCUUAAACAUCCUACUGCUUAUACCACAAUAUUGCACAAAUGAAGGAUAAUUCUGCUAGUAAAUGGAAGGCCAGGGCAAACUAGACACUUUGUAGUAACUUUGCCAAAAUAAGGAACACAUGCUACUAGGUAAUCCUUCUCACUGUCACAUAAGCAAUAAACUCGAAGUCCCCAUUUGGUGGGCUUCUGACGAUUGUAACAUUUCCACUGUACUGUGCCCUUCAAUCCAAUGGUGUUUUCAUUUACUGUUCUAUUAACCCCUUAAGACUGGAGGGCGUACAAUUACGCCCUAUGUUAGGCGGCUCUAAACGCCGCUGGGCGUAAUUGUACGCCCUCCGGUCUCUUCUUACUUACCCGGUCCCACGCUGGCGAUCGCGGUGGGGGGGGACUCCUCCGGUGCCCCCCUGCCAUGUGAGAGUGAGGUCUUUGCGAGGACCCCACAAUCACAUGGCCGGGUAGGCUGCCUCCUGCAUUGCCAGCCUGUAAUGACAGGUGGUCCCCCUGCUGGCUGGAAAUAAAAAUAAAAUUAAUGAAUAAAGUAUAAAAAAAUAAAUAAAUAUAUAUAUAUAUAUAUAUAUAUAUAUAUAUUAGCAUCCAAGUAGAGAGCACUCUGGAGUCUUCGUUUUAUAUCAGUAUUUAUUUUGAUAUAAAACGAAGACUCCAGAGUGCCCUCUACUUGGAUGCUAUAUAUUGGUCAGAGAUUACUUGCACCGGAGCAUGGAAAAGACCGGGAACAUUGAGUGCUGGGACCUGGGAAUAUAUAUAUUCCCAUAUACAUACACACAUGUACACUGUCUAGGUGUAUUUUACUAUUAAUAUAUAUAAUUAUAUAUAAAUAUCAAAUUACAUGUAGACUGAUACUGAUUAAAUAUAUAAAAUUAUUGUUAUAUAAAAAAAUAUUAAAAAAUAUAUAGAUGUGUUAUUUCGUUAUAACUGUAUUGUGAUAUUAAUAUAUAUAUUUAUAACAAAAUACACAUAGAACGAAAUAAUAUAUAUCUACAUACAUAAAUAUAUACGUAUAUAUCACUAUAUAUAUACACCUAUAUAUAAAUAAAAAUAUCUUUAAAAAAUUAUAUAUAUACACAUAUAGAUUCACCUACGUAUAUACAUAUAUUAAUUCUACAUAUAUAUUUAUGUAAUAUUUUUACAUAAUUAGGUAUCUUAAUUAAUUACAAUUAGCGGGACCUGCCUGACAACCCAUGCCAAAAGUAAAGGGAAUUUAAUUUGCUAGCACUAUAUUUAACCAUAAAACCUGUAUAUGGGGUGUACUGUUCUACUCGGGAGACUUCGCUGAACACAAAUAUUAGUGUUUCAAAACAGUAAAAUGUAUUACAACGAUGAUAUCGCCAGUAAAAGUGCAGUUUUUUGCAUUUUUCAUGAACAAACAGCACUUACACGGACGAUAUUAUUGCUGUGAUACUUUUUGCUGUUUUGAAACACAAAUAUUUGUGUUCAGCGAAGUCUCCCGAGUACAACAGUACCCCUCAUGUACAGGUUUUAUGGUGUUUUCAAAAGUUACAGCGUCAAAUAUAAGGCUUGCGUUUAAUUUUUUUCACAUUAAAAUUCGCUAGAUUGGAUACGGUGCAUUUGAGACCCUAUGGUAGCCCAAGAAUGAAAAUUACCCCUAUGAUGGCAUACCAUUUGCAAUAGUAGACAACCCAAGGUAUUGCAAACGGGGUAUGUCCAGUCUUUUUUAGUUGCCACUUAGUCACAAACACUGGCCAAAAUUGGCAUUUUUUUGCAUUUUUCAUACAAACAAAUACUAACGCUAACUUUGGCCAGUGUUUGUGACCAAAUGGCUACUAAAAAAUACUGGACAUACCCCAUUUGCAAUACCUUGGGUUGUCUACUAUUGCAAAUGGUAUGCCAUUAUGGGUGUAAAUUUAAUUCCUGGGCUACUAUAAAGUCUCAAAGGCAACGUAACCAAUCUGGCGAAUUUCAAUUUCAAAUAUAACGUGCUAUAUCUGACCCUGUAACUUCCCAAAACGCCAUAAAACCUGUACAUAUGGGGUACUGUUUUACACGUGAGACUUUGUUGAAUACAAAUAUGUGUAUUUUAUUGCAGUAAAAGCAAACAGUAUUAAGACAUUGACAGUUAAAAUGUCAUGUAGAACUAAAAAAAUAAAAAAAUAAUCAUAUUUUCUCCAAUUUUUUUUCAUAUUAAAUUGUUUCAUAGCUAAAUAUUUGAUGUUAAAUGAAAGCCAUGUUUCCCCUGAAUAAAAUGAUAUAUAAUAAGGGUGGGUGCAUUUAAUAUGAAAGAGGUGAAUUAUGGUUGGACAGACAUGUAGCGCAAAUGCCAGGUUUUGUUUCAUUCACAACGUGUACAUUUGGCUCAGUCCUUAAGGGGUUAACCCCAGAUAUAAAUAGUUUACUGCAAAUUUUGUUUGUCUGCCACAUUUUUUAUUUUACCAUCAUUGGCUGCUGUCGUGGUGGAGGGCACAAAUGGAGCUUCCAGAAAGUUUUUAAGAAUCUAGGGCAUGUGAUUUUGAGCCAAAUAUAGAAAAAAAAUUAUUUCAACUGUCAUUUUGAAUUUAGAGCCAUAUUGAUUAUAACGCCUAAAAAAGCUUUUUAUUUCAAUCAAAUUCACCUCCUUCCAAGUAUUCCUAAUGGAAUAUUGAAGCAGAGGAGUACAUUUUUGUAUUCUCUCUAUCGCAUAUGUUUGUUUCGUGACAAUUUUAUUUAGUAGCUAUUCAGUAAAAAAACUGAAUAAUAAUAAAAAUGACCUUUUUACAUGUACCAUUUAAAAUUUGAAUACCUGGUCUGGGAACUGUAAAAGAGUGUCUUGGAAAAUUAGGACCAUUAUUAAGAAUUAAGAUGCCUUUCCCGAUUUAUUUAUUAGAUUUUUCACUUUUUCAGCAGGUAGGUAUUAAUCCUCAACAUUUUUAUUUUCAUCCACAACAUUUUCAUCACUAAACUUUUAUUUUCUGUGUCAUUUAAAUCUGAAUUACUUUUUUUCCUGGUGUUAUAAUAAUUUUUAGCACUAAAAUCAUAUUCAGAAUUGCUCUGUUAUAAUAUUUUGGCUAAUUCUUAACCCGAAUAAAACUUACAGUACACCAUUUUUAAAAACGUUUUGCAUCCAAAUUGGAGAUUGCAUUGCACAUAUGCACAGCGCUCUGCAAUCUCUCAUUGGAACACAAUGCAACCUGUCCAUGUUUGCCUGUACGCAUUGUGCACAAUUACACCACCUGGCAUGUUUGAUCCAAAGAAAAUCCAACAUUGGACCAAAAGGUAAAAUAUUUUGUCGGCUAUAUUCUGACAUAGGACCGCAAAGGGUUAAAGGAGCACUGUCCUUAUGCCCCUUGCAUCUUCGACAGCUCUCGCUUGCCACUCACCAGUUAUCCGUAUCAAGACCACCAUUUUGUUCUCCUCUGUUCAUGAUGUUUGUAGUUUGCACUUAUGUCAGAUUCUGGGAAAGUGGUCUAGAACUUUGCUUAAACACUGCCCAGUGUCAAAGAUCACAAUCCCCAUAAGAAAAAGCAGUUAAGUUUUUUUAUAUAUAAUAAAAACAGGUGAAUAAAAAACAAAGGAAAAUAGAAGUGGGGGGGGGGGGUGGGUGGGAAUUUCAUUUUAUAACAUGACAGGAGGCUUCAUAUUUGCUUAAGUCUCUCUUUACUAGAACUCCACAGCAGCACAUUAACACAGAGAAAAACAACCAAUCAGAACAAAGUUAGGUACUAUAAAACUCCCCUCCCCAUACAUCAUGUCCUCUUUCUUUGCUGCUUCACAUCAGUACAGGUCAGAGUACCACUGCCUGCUCUUAGUGGGUGGCUUUGGGAUUUUAUUGCUUAUAUACAGUUUCUUAAAUGGUCUUUGUGGGAUUUUGUUUGCCUGUAAGUUUAUGCUUUCACUUAUUUAUUUAUUUUCCCUUUUUGUUUUUUGGGAUUACUGGGGGUGUUUGGGGUCCUUUCUGUCACCUCCUAUGUCCUUGGGUUCCCCCCUGUCCGUUUCCCACUAUAUUUAUCCUCCGUUCAUUUUUUGUCUGCACCCCCUUGUUCUUAUUUCAGCCGGUUUGUGUGCCGCUCUGGGGCUUCAGGAGGCUGACUGUAUCUGCCUCCUCUGACCCCCUUGAGAUCUGGGACCAUGGUGUUCAUCUCCAGCGAUCCUGUGUGUUUUUUUUCUUCCGGUCGCAGGGGUACUCGCGAGCGAGCACGAGUACCCGGCGGCCUGAUCCUUACUCCCUGUGGCCGCUUCCCGCGGCUGCCCCUGUCCGCGGACCAGGUGGGGGAGGGUGCGCCUGCUCACCGCACCUCCCCCAUCGGUACCUUAAUCGGCGAAUGUCCGUUUAAGGGCUUUCUCCCCAUCUGAGUCAGGGAUUUACCCAGACCGCAGCAUGAGCCAUCUGGCAGUCGGCGAGGACCCCUUCACCCUGCGUCAGCGUUCAUCUGUAUAUCCUGGCCACACCGUCCUGCAUAGGUGCUGAGGUGUGAGCAGGACACUGAUUUUAAAUCUCCUUACCCCUAUUUACCACCAGGUGGUGCAGAGAUCAUAACCCAUAUGGAUCAGUACUCAGUUGUAGCUCCCCAUUUUUCCCACACUAGGUUUAACUAGGAGAUAGAUGGUUAGAAUAUAUAUAUAUAUAUAUAUAUAUAUAUAUUUAUUUUACUGUGUUGGAGAGCAGUUUGUAGGCAGUACACCCUGUGCUGCUCUGAGUUUUUUUCCUGCAACUUGGAUAUUCCUGUAUUUGGCUGCAGGCAUUAAGGGACCUGUUACAAGUUAUAGUUCUAUAACCACAUGAUUAUACUGGAAGAAGGUCUUAUAUAUUGGCGUUAUCUCACCCCAAGGUUCUCAUGGUUUUAAUUACAUAUAUAGGGGGGCUCUGUCUCACACAUUGCUCCCUUGGUGCCGCCUACUACAGUGCCCAUUUGAUUGGCCUGCUCUGUCUGUGCCCUAUUGAUGGCCGACACUUGUCUGUGCCUAAGCCCCUUUUGGCCGCAGGCCUGGGGGAAUAUUACCGGGGAUACCGACCUUACCCGCUAUUGACACAGAGAUAGGUGGGUGUCCAGGUGGGCACCGCUGCCAUGCUAACUGAGGUGACACUGGUCUAACAACUAUAGACGCCCCGACCCAGGAAAGCCUACAGGCAAUGACUAUGGAGCGGUGGCCGCCUCUGUUAGAAUAGCGCUGUCACGAGCCAUCCCAUUGGUGCCUCAUAUAGGAGCACAAUGGGGACUCCGCACGCGCAAGUAGAGUCAGUCUCUGACUCACCAGAAGAGACAUGACCUUGAACCUAGUAUUAUUGGAAGGGUGAAGGCCCUGAGCCUGGGCAGCCACAGUUUCACCUGUCCGACUGUUACGGGCAAAUGCAAAUAUUACAAGUUUUAGAAUGAAAUGUUGUAUUUCUUAAACUGUUACCCACGGUUACACGACAGAGGCAGAUUUCUAAAGAGAGUUCCAUUAUGAAAUGCAUACAGGGACCAGUGCUCUGUCGCCAACAUGAGAGCACAGGAAUCCCUUGACCUUUAGUGGCUAAUCCUUUAACUGCAUGUCCCGUAUCCUCUUUUAUAUCUAGGUAGUUAUUUCUACGUCAGACUUAGUUCUUGGCCAUUCCUGUUGAGUUUAUCUGCCCUUAGCUUUCCUGUCCAUUGUAUUACCUUCCCUAUUUUCCCUUAUCUGAACUUUACUUUUAGUUCUGUUGUUUCUUUAUUUCGUGUCUUCUGAUUUUCCUGUCGCUCGGGAAAUCGUGAGGCCUGUCUUGGCCUCCUCCGACUUCCAGGGCUCUUGUGGAUCGCGGAGAACGUCUCCAGCAUUUCCUCAGGCUACCGGCGGCCAUCCUGGAUCCCCAGGCGGCAGUUUGUAGAUUCCAUAUUAUUAUUAUUUUUUUUCUUUUAAACUAUUGCAGUUUCUUGGCCUACUCCCAUUAUUAGACUCAUGGACACGGCCAUAGGCUGAAUUGUUACUACGUCUAUUGUCAGUAUUGUUUAUUCCCAGUUUGAGGCCACCUCUCAUAUGUCUGAUACAGAGAGUGAUUUCAUGGUUAGAGGGGAAUCCCUCUCAGGACACAAGCCCAACUCGGCUAUUAUUAAAGGCUGAGCCCCUCGCAUACAGUCGGUCUGAGACUGAGGUGGACUCUGGUUGAAGUGUUAGAGGGUGCGGCCCACCCAUAACCUCAGCCGAGGCUGUGGCUAUUUCACAUGAUUAGAAGGUGACCCCUCUCAGAUACUGAACCUGACACUAAUUUUACAAUUAGAGGGCACGACCCUCCCAUAACUUGCUGGUUUUGAGUGUGACCCACUCUUGUAAACAGAGCCAGACACUGAUAUAGGCACUGAUUUUAUUAACGGGUACGGCCCUCUCAUACUGUCAGCCUGAUACUAGCAUGGACACCGUUUACGUUAUUCGAGAGUGCGGCUCUCUCAUACACUCAACCUGCUACUGUGCUUCUCUCAUGUGCACAGGCCUAGAUGACUAUUUUACUGUUCCCUCCAUUUUCCGGUGGUGUGACAGUUUCUUGCAGUACUGGAUUUUGCUUCCCUUCUUGGAGGGCGAACCCGUCUCUUGACACUGCCCAACAGGGUUAUUUACCCUGCUACCGUUGACCUUUGUUCAGCUUACAGGCUUUUGCCAGGACAGGACGACUAUGUAUUCGUAGUGGGGCGUCCCGCCUACCAUUUUCAUUAGAGGUGCUACCUGAUCGAACAUGGUACUGCAUGUUUAAACUAACUGUCACUGUUACAUCUCCUAGAAUUGGUCUGCUGGAUCGAUGCCACUGUAUCCCCACUUGGGAUAUACUCACUGAGGUAUUACUGGGGAACAUUCCCCACCUUAUUUACACUUUGUUUGUGCCCCCAUACCUCCCUACUGGAUAUACUUGUGGAGGUUGUACUGCUAAAGGGUGAGCCCCAGUUAUUGCAGAGUGUAGGUUUUGGUAUACUCUGCUUUGUAUCGAACGAGCAACCACACUCUGUUUAUACACACCAUUCCAUACAAACCGCUCAGACCGUUUUUUUCCCCUACCAAGGUAACCAGAGAUGUUGAGACCUUCUUAGAGCAAACAGGCGAUGCCUUACUCGGAUUGCGGGAAUGGGAAAGUCACACACUCGGAUCUGCAGAUACACCUUGGUCACAGGGAAAGACCGGUGUUCCCCGGUCGAUUUGGGGUUCCCUGGUCUUUAACAGUCUUGGGAUAGAUGACAGGAAUACCUCUACUCCUCUGAGAACGUAUCUGGAGAACAUGAUUCAGAUAUGGAGGACCCUCCUUCUAUACAUGAAUCCCCUCACAGGAGCCGUCCCGGUUUUUGAUUUUCACUCAACCACCUCUUCAGAUUCCGACAAGGAUGAAGGCUUGGAUUCCAAGGGGAACCCCAGUUUGUGACGUCUGUGUAGGAUUCGAUGUCAAAGUUGAGACGCAACCUCCCGCUGGAGUAAUGCUCAGUAUUUGUGACGGUUCGGACCUGACUACCCGACGUUCUCAACCCGGACAGACCCUGCUUCGGACGAUGGAAGCUAUGCCCCCUUUUUUUCACUAUAUCUAUUCUCUGGAGUCAGCUGUCAUUAGCGAAGGGACUUUACGUUUACCUACGUAUUAGAGAACACUAGGAGAUCACGGGACUCUAGGCGAAGGGGAGGGGAUACCUAGACUUCAGAUCUCAAAUUCAUAUACCUGGGUCCCUUGGCCCAAGGCCUACUCUUGGAGAUAACAUGCCCCUGACAGUCAGGGAUACAGGGACCUAGAUGCCUCACUCUAUUAUACCCUAUCUUGGGUGUGACAGGCACACCAUAAGUCCCUCUACAGGCUUUUGGCAGGGCUGGACUGGAGCAGGAUCAUACAAGCAGUUAUUCAGGUACUUCCACUCUCUCCCUAAUCAGUCAACAGGCUCAUGGUCGGAAAUCCUGAUCCAGCCCCGCUCAUCAAGACCGGUUCGGGUUUUAUUCAGCCUGUCUUCUCUUCGAACCACCUUUGACUCCUUUGCGGUACACCAUGCAGCUAUGACACGUGACGACUCGUUUAUGCUGGUCACUUUUCCGGACCACUUUUCACUCCUCGACGUGGAUACAUCUGGAUGGAUAUCUCAACCUCUAUUUAAGUUUCCUCAUUUGGUAUUUCCAGGUUUCACACUCUCCCAGAGUAGUUGAUCACCGUUUCGCUACAUAAAUUAGUUUUGGAACCCUGAUUGGACGUCCCUUGGGACUACUUUGCCUACCACAGUCGCAGGUUCCACAUUCCAAUUGGAGUACUGGAAACACUUGGUAUACGAUGAAUUUGGCCCACACUCUUGCUGGCAUAAUAGAUUCAUUUUCAGAGGAGACCACUCGCCAGGUAGGUCAUGAAGGAACGAAAAGACCCUAUUCGGUUCUGUUACGGAAUUGGUGGUGGACUCAGUUACAUUACUUGAGGUUGGAGGUUUGCCUGCACGGCCACAUCACCUGGUGAUCCUGGCUCGUUUGGUGGAGCCAUCUUCCACAUCAAGGGUUGAGACCUGGUGGCAGUUUCUCACGGUUCCAAGACCGCAUAUGAUCUUUGGAAUUUGCACUUGCAGGAAAUGGUCAAUGGAUCGGCUUUGCAGUUCAUGGACUGUCUUCCAGGAAAUAGGUCACAACCCCACGUACAGUGGAUCUAACAACAGAUUGUCUGUUUUCCGUAGUUGAGGGUACAGCGACAGCUGUCAUCUUCUUGAAUCCAUCUGCUGUCACUUCUCGCAUUCGGAAGGUCCAUUUGGGAUUGUUCCGGUUAUCUCCCGGAAUAGGUAUCAGCGAAGCAAACAUCGUUGGAUUUGUUGGCUGAACGUUAAAACCGCAAAUAAGAAGCCUCCUGUCAUGUUAUAAUUUGUAGUUUAUGCUAGCUUUAGUGUACCUAUAAUCUUAAUUUUAUUAAUGGCAAGAGGCGAAUAUUUCCCUCCCAUUCUUAUCGCUCCCUUGUUUAACUUUAAUAGUUUGGGUUCAUCAGGUACAUAUGCAACUCUGCUUCUUGUCUCUGCUACCUGUCACUUGUUUUUAUGUCCGUUUUUCCUAAGUAAGGCUUGGGAUCUCUGCAUAUUAUGGUAUUUCUGGUUAUUACACUAGAUGCCUACAUGUUUUGUUCCGAGUACAUUUCAUUGGCUAACCAAUCUGUUCGAUUCUGUUUUUUCUCGUUUCAGUUUACAGUCCAUCAACGCUAUCUGGUUUGACAGUUUUUCUCGGAUGGUGGAGGUCAUUGUAUCGAUGACUGUUUUUUUUUCUCCAUUAUAUUUUCUGCCUUUUUGUUCUGUUUUGUCGCCGCUUGAAAGAGGAAAUUAUGUAUGGGGAGGGGAGUUUUAUAGUACCUGACUCUUUUUUUCUGAUUGGUUGCUUUUCUCUGUGUUAAUGUGCUGCUGUGGAGUUCCAGUAAAGAGAGACGUAAGCAAAUAUUCGCCUCCUGUCAUUAAUAAAAUUUAAGAUUAUAGGUACACUAAUGCUAGCAUAAUCUACAGUUAUUUAAGUUAAUCAUUGCAAUAAUUACAAUUACAGGGUUAAAUUGACCAAGGCAGUCUACCCAGACCACUUCAAUGAGCUGAAAUGGUCCAGGUGCAUAUAGAGUCUUUUUAAAGUGUCCUUCUUUCUUAAUUUGGAAUGCUGGGGAUGUAUGGGGAACUGCUACAUGUAAAAAGAAACAGUCCAUGGCUUAACAGAUAUUUGUUUACUUUUGUGUUUCCUAAACAGGGCUUUUUGUAAAUCUUGACGUUCCUGAAUACCUAUGUCCAAAAACUGAUGGGUGUUUUGUGCUGCCCUAUGGAUUGCACAGAAAUAGCAGGCAUGCAGGAAUCAUGAUAAAAACUGAGAGAAGGCAAGUGACCUCAGCCAUGUUUUGUUGGUAAAGGAAUCAAAAGAAUGCUACCCUUGUAAAUGUGAAAAAAUGCUAUACACAGCCGAGUGGGAAUAAUAAGACUUCCCCUUUUUGUGUUUCUGAAUAAAAUAAAACUCUAAUCUGUACAUGGUGCAAAUACAGGGACAGUACCUAAGGCACUUGCGCUUGCUUUGUGUGAAAUUAACUUUUUUUUUUUUAUAUUUAUUAUUAUUAUUAUAUAACUUAAAGGGACACUAUAGUCCUCAAAACAACUUUAAGUUAAUGAAGCAGUUUUGGUGUAUAGAUCAUACUCCUGCAGUCACGCCCUAGGCAUACCUCCCUGCCUGUGACUUACACAGCCUUCCUAAACAAUUCCUGUAAAUAGUCAUCUAAUGUUUACACUUCUAUUUAUUGCAAAUUUUGUUUCAUUUAGAAUUUCUUAUCUCCUGUUCUGUUAAUAGCUUGCUAGGUCCUGCAGCAUCCUCCUGUAUGUAAUUUAAUGUUUAAUUUGUAGAGCAAGAGAAAUACUUUAAAGUAAGUUACAUCUGAUUGAAAUUAAACUAUUUUAGUGCAGGCUGUGCCAGACACAGCCAGGGGAUGUGUGGCUUGGGCUGCAUAAACAGAAACAAAACUGAUUUAACCCCUAAAUGGCAGAUAAUUGUCCAGUGGAACUUCAGAGGCAUGAUCUAUACCAUUGGUUACCAAACGUUUUAGGCUCAAUGCUCUCUUAAAUGAACACUAUAGGGUCAGGAACACAAACAUGUAUUCCUGACCUUAUAGUGUUAAAACCACCAUCUGGCACUCCCUUGCCACGCUAAAUAUAGUGAAAUCACCAGUCAUGAGUAUAUAUUUACCUUGAAACUGUAACUUACUUUAAUGAGAUGGUGAAAAUAAAGGACACACUCUUUGAAUUCUAAAGUUUUACAUAUCCAGAGAGGUCUUAAAAUUAGUUAAAUACAACCUCAGAUGAACAACAACACCUGAUAUAUUACACUAUUUUAAGAUUUAUUUAACAAAAAUAAAGCCAAAAUUGAGGAGCCAUGUGUGGAAAAACUAAGUACACCCGUAUGACCUAAUCAAAUGCCCUUGAUCAACUGAUCAACAACAAGUGUGACCACCUCUAAAUGCCAACGUUUUAGCAGUUUUCUGGUCUGCAGCAUUCAGGUAUGUGUUAACACAAAGCCAAGUAGGGAUGACAUUAGCCAUGAUCUUAGAGAAACAAUUGUUGUUGCUCAAACUGGGAAGAAUUAUAGGAAAGCAGUGGGAGGAUAUUGUGCAUGUGCAGCAAAACACUGCACUGCGCCAAUCCGCAUCUCUAUGGGAGCAUGGAGAGACUGAAUGUAGGUGCUGCACAUUGUGCAGAACUGACCCAGGACCAUCUAGUAGCAGUCUGAAUGACUGUCACUAGAGGUGUUAUUAGGCAGCAAUGUAAACACUGCUUUUUCUCUGAAAAGGCAGUGUUUGCAUUGAAAAGCCUGCAGGUAUUGACUAUAGACACCUGAACAACUACUUUAAGCUAUAUUGUCACUUUAAGAAUUGUAUUUUUGUCUUUUAGUUUAAAAUAAAAAUGGCUCCUUACUUUUUUCAGUUGGCUCUUGGAUUCCAAACAAAUUUGUCAAACCUUGGCUUAACCUAAUCAUUUAAGGCCAUUUUUUUUUUUUAUACAGAAUAUAUAAUACAUGCAUUUUCAUUCCUGGAAUAUGUUACAACCCUUUUUAAAGUUCAAAUAUUUACAUAAAUGUCACAUUACAAAUGAAUUUUACUGUUUAAACCCCUUAAGAACCAAACUUCUGGAAUAAAAGGGAAUCAUGACAUGUCACACAUAUCAUGUGUCUUUAAGGGGUUAAAGGGACACUAUAGUCACCAGAACAACUACAGCUUAUUGAAUUUGUUCUGGUGAGUAGAAUCAUUACCUUCAGGCUUUUUGCUGUAAACACGGUCUUUUAAGAGAAAAUGCAGUGUUUUCAUUACAUCCUAGUGAUGACUUAACUGGCCACUCCUCAGAUAGCUGUUUGAGAUCCUUCCUGGGUCAUGGCUGCCUAAAAUGCAUCCAUACAUUUAGUAUCUCCUCCCUCUGCAUGCAGACACUGAACUUUCCUCAUAGAGAUUCAUUGAUUCAAUUCAUCUCUAUGAGGAGAUGCUGAUUGGCCAGGGCUGUGUUCGAAUCAUGCUGGCUCUGCCCCUGAUCUGCCUCUUUGUCAGUCUCCGCCAAUCCUAUGGGGAAGCAUUGUGAUUGGAUCAAGCUACCACUUCUGCUGAUGUCAGCAGACAGUGGGCAGGUCUAAAGGAAACCGGGACGUAGCCAGCAGCUCCAGACUUGAUUACAAGUAAGAUUUCUAGAUGGUGGUUUUAACCCUAUAGGGUCAGGAAUACAUGUUUGUGUUCCUGACCCUAUAGUGCUCCUUUAAGGAAUUUGGACCAUAUGUUGAAAGGCUGCUAGAAGAGAUAAGAAACACAGCUGUAUUGUGAAUGGCUGCUUGGUGAAUUCUAAUGAUCAGAAUAUAUUCAUCUGUGAAUUUUCUGGCCACUGAGUGGAAUAUCACUAAAAUAUUUAAAAUAUUGAUGCUCCACAAUUUUAAUUUUUUUAAUACAAAAAUGAAUUUAAAGAAAACCACUCUAGCUUAAUGAAGCAGUUUUGGAAUCAAGGUCAUGCCCCAUGCAGCCUCACUGCUCUUCCAUUAAGGUGUUACGUCACUUAGUGUAUACAUCCCUAGCCACACCUCCCUGCAUAUGACUUACACAGCUUUACUAAACACUUACUGUAAAUAGUCAUCUAAUGUUUACACUUCCUUUAUUGCAAAUUCUGUUUAAUUUAAAAUUGCUUAUCUCCUGCUCUGUUAAUAGUUUGCGAGACCCUGCAUGUGCCUCCUGUAUGUAAUUAAAGUUCAUUUUACAGAAACGGAGAUUAAAACUUUUAAAGUAAGUUACAUCUGCAGGCUGUGUCAGUCACAACCAGGGGAAAUGUGGCUAGGGCUACAGUAACAAAAGUGAUUUAAACUUCUAAAUGGCAGUUAAUUGUGCAGUGAGACUGCAAGGGCAUGAUUUAUACACACAACCUGCUUCAUUGAGCUAAAGUUGCUUUGGUGACUAUAGUGUCCCUUUAAAUUCUGUGAGAAAUGUAAACCGUUUACAAUUGUAUUGCAAAUUAAUAAAAUUUCAAGUUGGAGCACAAAAAAGGGCAUUUGAAUUGAAACCUCACAAUUCAUGUAGUGUUAGCAUCAGUAGCGCACAAUAUGCAAAUGUAAUUAAUGUCUUAUGGAACAAAUCAUGAUGUAACCUCUACAUUUUUUACUUUUGUUCUUUUAGGGUUUCAUUCAGAUGA